GCUCCACUUCUCACCGAGGAGGAGGAGGAGGCGUCCACACACUCACACUCACACACUCACACAGUUUCUCGCUGUCCUCUUUCCUCGUUCAUAAAAAGAGGCUGGACCUCAGGAAAAGGGGGAAAGCGAAACGAAAGCUUCCCUUCUGACAGGAUGAACAACACUUUUCCAAACAUGGCGACGAUAAGCGACUUCGACACUAUCACCGCGUCUAUUCCUGCCACUAAAGUUGAAAUCACAGUGUCCUGCAGGUGAGAGGAUUUCUCCUUUUUCAUGUCGCUUUUCUCCUCGGACAGGGUUACGAGGGGGAAAAAACUGGGUUUGACAGUCUUGGCGAGACUAUAUCGAAGUUUGGGUCAAGUUUUGGUGAAAACUGGAUAAAAAUGUCACUUCGCUUUGAAACAAACCCGUGCGUAUCGGUGUAUUUCCCCCUUACAGACCAUUUGCGAUAGAAAAUACUGUUUUAGAGGUUCAAUCCUGGUUUGUGUUGAAAUUUAAAACCCACGAUUAAGGCGUGGACCACUUAAUGUUGAUAGCGUAAAGUUAACGCCGUGGCUAGUCCGCGACUAACUUUGGAUGAGUUACCUAAUACUGAACUUUUUACACAGGUUACAUGUCAAUCCAACAGCGAUAUGGGCUCUAACGCUUUAAAAAUCACAUUUAUUGAUAUAUCAAACUAUUAGUGCUUUUCUAAUGGUGCCAGAUUGACAAUAACAGUGACUCUACAUGUGUGCCAUGAGUGAAUGUUUGUUUAUACGCGCAGUGAAACCAUGAGAAACAGAAACCAGAGUAACGCAGAGUUGCAUCAGCCGAUAUUUAAUACAUGUUAUCAUUAUUUUAAUAAUUCUGAGAGAGUUUUACAUUCAGAGAAGAGGGAGGAAUACAGAGAGGGGUCUAUUUCACCCACUGAAUGACAUAGGUCACAUUGUGUUCUCUGUGUUUGGUCCUUUCGUGGAAAGAGGCUGCUUUACAUAAACUUGAUGCAGAGAGAGAAUAAAGUAUACUGACAAAGAUUCUCCUUAUUGACACUGUUUUAAUCAUUAACAGUGAUUGGAUCAGGGCUGAAUGAUACCUGCUGACAAAACUAUUGAAAUGCUCUAAUAACCCACUGAGCAUUUUGUGGUCUAAAAGAGGUCUAAUAGAUGUUUACAUGUAGUCUAGACGUCUAAAAUCAGGCUACCACAGGUCUAAAAAUGAAAGUUUUUCAGACGUCUAAAUUUAGACCAAGUUUAGACUAAAUCUAAAUCUGGGCUUUAUCUAUACUACAAUGUAUAUUGCUAAACUGCUAUCAUAAUUAUUUUGGUUAAGUACUUGGAGAUCAGUUAUGCUACUCACAGUUGCUUUUUGAAAUAGUUAUUGAAUAAUUGGUUAAAGUGCAACGUCUAAAUUCUGUCUAAAAAUAUACAGAAUCUAGACGGUUGAAAUUAGGUCUAAAAAAAGACUAGACAUCUAAUAGCCAAAUACCCAAACAGUAGGAAACCAUGUAUACUCUGAAGGCUGGUAAUGAUACUCUUAAGGUAUUGAUAUAUUUUUAAUCGAAAUUAUGUUUUUUACAUUUUUUUCUUUGAAGCUUUCCUCACUGCUCUUCUAUUCAUUAUGAUAAAAUUGUAUAAAUUUGGCAUUGCGUGGGAAAUCCCAUCGCACAUGUGAAUAAGCUCUGCACUUGGGCAUGAGGAGAAAGGUGCACACUAUGCAUUGUUGGGUUGACCUGCCGGAUGGAGCAAAUGCCCUCAUAUUGACUCGUGUCGAGUGAUAGUAUAUUGUGUGUAACAUUAGCUUGCAGGGAUCCCUGUUGAAGAUAUGCAUUUCACUGACUUAGAUGAGGGUUUGUCGACUUUUGAUGAUGUGGCAGAUGUGCAGGGUGAUAGACUGUAAACUGCUUUUGUAGGUGUAAAGUUUGGUGUUUGGUUUGCAGUGAUUUUGGUUUUAUAGUGUUGUUGAUUCUCACCUGUUUAAGGUAGGUAGCCAGUAUGAAACUGACACUCAUGAACGCUGCUGUGUCUAUAAGACCCGAACAGCAGAGCAAAUAAAACACUUACUGUCAUCCCUGCUGCAAAAUAGGUGUCAGGAGACGUGAUUUACUGCCAGAACAGCGCUUUAAGGAUUCAUCCACAUCAAAUAUUCAUUACAAGCAAGAUGAUAAGUCAUCCCACUUUGUCCUCAGAAAGCGGAGAGUUGACCCUAAAGGUCCUCAGAGGAGCUUGAAUGUCCUCACAUACUGUGAUAUUAUAGCAGGGGCAUUAAUAUCCAUGCAUAUACAGCGGCAUGAAGGAAAGUGAGUGUCAGAGGCCCUAAAUUUUCCACUAUCAACACGUGGCCCCUCUGUCUAAGCAGUAACUGUAUUUUUCCAUCACAAAGGAGGAUGUGAUAAAGAGGUUUCUGUUUCCCAACCACAGACACCUGCUCUGAGCUGUACACUCGUGUCAUUGUGAAUUAUUGAUCAAACUUUACUCAGUUUUGUGAACGGUCUCGGAAGAGCAAACAGAAAGGGUUUUUUAAAUCUUCGCCUGUUUCUAUGAGACUACACGGCAACCCAUGAGCUUUUUUUUCACCCCCAUCUCCCUAGUAACAGAGAGAUCAUGUCAACUUCCAGCACAGUAUAAGAACAUGUAAGGCAGCGCUAAUGUCUGAGUCACCCGGCUUCUCAGCACCCAAAGGGGGGAGGCUUAGUGGUUGUCCUCCCACCUCCAACCCGAGGUAGAGCCGAGUGCCAUGGUUACGGCCAGGUGAUCGGUGUGUUUGUGCAUUCCAAACGUGCACAUGUGAUAUUUAAGCGCAUGAGGUGAUUUUCAUUUCUAUAAAUGUCUUUAUAUUUCGGCGCACGAGGGGGUGCACGGCAUUGCCAUGGUAACUACUUUUAAAAGUUUGCGUCUGUGUGCGGAGAGGGGUGUGAGAAAAUUCACAGGAGAGACAAUGGCUGAAGGGAGAGCGAGAUGAAGGACUGGAUUGUUACCUCGAUAUCAGCUGUGGAUGAUAGUUAGAGUUUGUCAGCUGUAUCCACGGUGAAUCUAUGAUAGAUAAAUUGAUUCUCGGGUCAUUUAGUCGUAUGGAAAAGAGGGGAAAUACAUGUGAAAGCUGAACCCACAGGUGACACACUCAGACCUCCUGUCACUUAGAUUUGGUGUUCAUACUUUCUGCAUUACUCAGAGUCAGCGUGUACCCUUUGCAGAAAUAUUGACUUAUCUCAUUAGCCUGCUUCUCAAACUAAUUCAGAUAAUGCCACAGGGCUGUGUAAGAGCUUGGCUCAGGCUCCACGCUUGAGUUGAGACGUUUUCGCUGAUCCCUGAAGUAGAUCGGCCAAGAUCAAAAUGCUAUUAAAUUACCCGGUAUGUCUAAAUCUGCUGCAUAGGUAUACAUACAUCAUUAGUGAUCAUAGUGGACUGCUGCCAACAUGACCGAGAGGAUUUAUCAGCAGCUGAUAAGGAGCUUGUAAAUCUGUGAAUGGUACAAAGUGGAUCAGGUUCUGACAAGAAAGGUGAAUCUCAGACCUCGUUUUUUAGCUCAUCUGGCCAUGCCUGUUAGAGCAGAAUCUGACCGAAACAGGAAACCGCCCCCUUUCGUAAGAGGAUCAGAUUUGUUUGUUUAUUCAGGGUUUCAAAGUUUGCUGAAUGUUUCCUGACAUAGUCUCGCUGAAGAAUACAAAGUCCGUGUUUCAGACAGCAAUGCUGACCCCGGCUGUUUCUCUAAGGAGUCAACACCCAAAGGUCUGUCUAGUUCUUUAUAAGAGAAAAACAGAUAAAAAGUUCUCGGUGUGUGGAUCUCUUUCUUCUGGAUCUUUCGAAGUCUCUCUCUCUCUUUCUCUCUGGCUUCUCUUUCCCAAUCCUCACCCCUCCACCUCCUCAAACACACACACUUUCUCUCCCUCUCAUGCGUUCAGGCACUGUCAGCAAGAAUUGUAACUGUUGACAGUAAUAACACGCAAGUUCUCCUCUCCCCUCCUCUACCUCCUUCUUAUUUCUUCAUCCUCUCCACUGAAAAGGUGAAGCACAGUCUUCACUGUUUCCAUGACACAGUGGAGCUCGUGGUGCUGAAAAACUCAGGCUUGUUGUCAUUAUUAUGAAUCUUUUGUCUUAUUAUAGUAAAAGCCGGCUCGCCAACAUUGAAAUGAGGCCAUAUUUAAAACAGGGUCAAAUUUGUGUAGGCCUGAAGGCUGGGACAUGCCACUGCUGUGAUCUUAAUGGAUUCACUCACAAAAUGUGUCAUCGCUUCAGAUCGGAGAAGCCAAACUUACACGCUGCUUCUCCGUGGAGCGAAAACAGCGAGUUUGACUCCGUUUUCAUCAGCCGAGCAGGAGGCAGAAGGUAAUCAAACACUCAUCACGGUGACCGAACGGCUGCUUAUAAUCUCGCCAUUGUCUCAUUUUGAGCGGGUUAAUCUGAAAACAUGGUUGCCAGGUUGUGUUGGCAGGCACACACACUGACAGUUUGUAAUUGGAUGAGGACCCCCAUUGUAAAGAAUCAGGGAAACAAGAACAUUUGGUUCCCUAGAUCCUGUUUCUAUGGUGUUACCCACAAUCUGUAAAAUGCAGAUCAUAUCAGGGUUUGUCUUGACGGCACAUGAGCUGAUGACACAAAACAAAAAUGUGCCACUAUGUUUGGGUGUCAGAAACUGCGUCUGUACUCUGCCUUCUGGGUUUCAGAGCUUGGCAACCCCUCCACACACACAGUUUUCCACACAAUGGUUUAACUGGGGUCUUGAGUGGUCCACCAAAUUAUUUUAUUUAGUCCAAAAAACUCUCAGAAAGGCAGAAUACUCUCGAGACAUGCCAGAUGUGAGCCUCUUUUGUCCUCUGAUCAGCCCUGGAAUUUGCUUUUACCGAGGGUGAGCAUACGUCCUCUUGUACCCCGGACAUGUCCUCUUUUUUGGGGGGUUUCCAGGCUGUACAUGGAAGUUUAUAAAAUGCUUCAAAUGUCCGGGGUUUGUUUGUAAGUUUUGAGUUUGUGUUGCGUGGACUUGCUGAGUUAGAAGCGCAUAAAAGACACUCAAUCCGACCUGAACAACUCUCAAAAUUAACUACGCACGACUCUGUGACUCUGCCUAUGCGUUGUCGUGUCCUCUUUUUGGGGAUUCAGAAUAUGGUCACUCUUUUUUAUACCACUCAUGACAGCAUUAGCUCUCUGAGGCCUUGUCCACACGUAAACAAAGUCAAAAGUGAACGCACAAGUUUUUUGUCGUACAUGGAAACAGCUUUUCGGGGACUUUUUGAAAACAGGUCAGACAGUGGAUAAAUUUCGUGUCCAUGUGGAUGUUUAUCUGGAUCUGUCUUUAAAUGAUGACUUCAUACAUACAGUAACUUUCUAAAGGCGCCUGCGCGUGUCCGACCAAAACAACAAUGGCUGACUACAGGGUUGUUUUCGUGUGGCAGAAGCUGCUGAGCUACAGCAAACUUGGAUGGUUCUUUACCACCAAUGAAAACAACCUUUUCUGAUCUUGUUCACAGCGUUUUAUACAGCGUCACUUACUGGCUUGGUAUAUGCACCACAUCAUUCUCAGUGGUUUCUUGUGAAUGCAGAUAUCUCCUGUAACAAUUCUAUCCUUACGGUAGACUUUUUCAAAACAAAACAGCAAUAUAUCGUUUUCCUCUCCUGAAUCUGGGCGCAGCGGCUCACUGUUUACAUACCUGCACCCACAGGUAUCUUUGGAUCUCUCGUCUCACUGUUACCACAGAGGUUUCCUCCCUCUCUUUUACAUGUUUACAGUAAAUGCCGUGUCAUUGCAGAUGUCAAAGGUAAUCAUCUUCCUUGUUUGGUUGUUUAUUUUAUCUCCUCCUGCAGACUCAACAGCACACCAGACAAUAUGUUUACACGCAUGUACAAAUUGAUUUAUUGGAAUAGUGUGACUCAGACUGGACUUUGAGAUGAAAACAUGUUAAUCAGACUGAUAACGAACUUUGCACAGUCAGACCAACAUUUUCGGAUAGUGCGAUUUUCAGUGCAUGAAUUCCUCCCUUCACCUUCAGAGUUCUGAAUUAAUUUAGGUGAUAAUGCUCUCAAAGUUAAAAGUAUUUUUUUGGCACAUUAAAGGCAUGGUUGACAUUCUAAGAAAAAAAAACUGAGCGGUUGAGACAAAUUCGGAAAACGCCUCCCACCCCCAACACACAAACCCCUCCCCUCUGUGCUCCAUGAUAAGAACCUGUAUCGCCCUCCCCAUGACACACCCCCUCCGGCGGAGCAAGAAGCUGGUGGCAGUAGAUUCUACGCUAGCUUUGAAUAGGAUUCACCAUGUCGGAUUGCUAGUGACUAGCAGCAGUAAACACCAGCUCUGCUAGCGAGCUCAGUCUGCAGCUGCCUGGACAGCUACCAUGUUGACAUUACAGAGACUAAUAAGAGUUGUACAUGUGAUAAAAGGAAAGAAUUACCUGUCCAACAAAAACUCUGCUGUCUUGGCAUCUGUUUUCAGGCCCAAAUCCUGGCGGAGCUUUCUCCACCGCUUGAAGAAUGACCCAAUGAUUCCUUGCUUGGUCACAUUUCCUCUUUGUCUCCGCCCUUUCUUCCAUCGGCUUGUGUUUUUUUUGAGUACUUUUGGCGGUGGGGCAAGCAGAAGUGUUUUUUUUUCCUCCAUCCCAGCUCCUGUAGCUAAGCUGCUACACUACUUUUAGCCGCUCAGAGCUCCGAGGGGACAAGUUGGAACUACGGGAGAGCGAUGUGUCGAAUACAGCGAGGUGAUUGGAUGGAGAGGCGGAGCAGGAGAUUGACCAAUGGGAGCUGUCCGGAACGGAUGGCUCCUAUUGGUCAAUGUUUUUGCAGCCUUGCACCUUCUAGGGUGAACAGAUUUUUUCCAUUCUUUUUCCACUUCAUGGAGAUCGCACCAUAUGAUCAUGAUCGCCAUAAAAAUGAGGUUCAUUAUAAUUACCAACCUCUCCAAUUGUCAACCAUGCCUCUGAUAGUUCAGUCUUGAUUAUGGAUUGGGGCCAAAAUCGUUCAAAUCCAUGUCUGAUGUAUCGGAAAUGUAAACAGCUGAUUCGACUACAUCAAGAUGUUGGCGUUGAGGCAAACAUCAGGAUGGGAUUACCUGAGACACCGCCGUGGUAGUGGUGAAGGAUGGAUGCGGGGUAUGAUAAGGGGUGGACAUCUUUACAGCUAAUCCCGUGAUGACAGGUGGAGGAGGGUUGUAGUGAUCCAUAAUAACUAAAGGAGGGCGUAUUGUAAGUUAAGGAACAACAGGAGGGUUGGUUGAUGGAGGUCAUUGCAGAAAGAAUCCCAUGAUCAGGCGGCAAUAAAAGCAGCAGAAAAAUGGAGUGAUGGAGAAAGGAAGAGUGUUGAAUGAUGAGUGUACGCUGAGCUCUGUUUAUCCAAGAGAUAAAGGAUCACAUGCUCUUAAUUGUAUCCACUCCCCCCUGCGGACCCCUCUCCCGUUGACUCUAUCGAUUCAUAAUUUUAAGCUAGCUACAGCUUUUGCUCUUGUCAAACAGCUGCAGAAAAUACUCCCCCGAACAGCCUUCAAUUUUGCUUUCAGUGUUAGGUGUGAAACACUUAGCCUGCAACCCGGCCCUUUAACAUCAGCAGUCAUGCCCGAGCUGCUAUUUUCAGGUUUCUCACUCCCACUCUGUCUACAGGGAAGUGAUUGUGUUGACCUUUUUGGCCCCAUAGAGCUCACAUAAUGGCUAUCUUAUUGAAGAUGCCGUUGACAUCCGUCACUUUGAAGGGAGGAAGGGGUCGCCCGCUGCGCGCCGGUUCAAUGACGGCGAAAAAAAAGCACAAAAGGAUGUGCAAGAAAUGACGACUUUUUCCCCGUCUGUUUACAUGUGGUUUUGAACAGCAGGAAGCGCAAAUGAUUUUUGGGUGAGCGCACAGUGGUGCUGGCAAUCAGUGAGACAAAGCUAUAUUGAAGAAAUUCUCUCUGAGCUGCCAUGAAUUGAUGCCAUUGUCUUGUCUCCGUACACUGACUCUGUUUUUGUGUAGAUCGGAGUGUGUAUCCGGCUGUGUUUAUGCCUGAUUUUUUUGUGUCUUUGAGACCACAGUCCUCUUCUGUAAUCAGGUUUGGGCUUUGUCUAGUCAGGUCAGUAAAGAUUUAUGCACUCGGAGGGAAUUACUAUCGACCCCCUUCUUUCUCUUAUUCUCUGACUGCGGGUGUUUCUCCUUCUUCUACAUAAGUCGGUGUGCCACACUGUGCCGCAACAUACGCAGAUCUGUGUGGACUUAAUUGCACUCUUAGACUCCGUCCACACGUGAAGCUGCGCAGGAAAGAUAAAAACAUGAUAUCUAAUGAGAGCAGGUUGUCGUGAAAGGUCGCGAACACUCUCAAAGUUGUGGCACAGUGAUAGAUGUACACAUUAUCUCCACUGUCAAGGUUAUGCAGCUGUGGGGUUAUUUUAAAAUGCAGGGGAUAAAACAAGGACUCAAGGACACACUUACAAACACACACACUCCCUCGAUACGAAUUACACUCAUGAUUUCUGUGUGUAUUUUGUACAUUUUGAGAAAUUUCUCCAGAAUAGUGUCCGAAGUUCCCCUUUAAGAGUAUUUCUGAGACUCCAGCAGCCAUGUGAGGACACCCAAAAGUCCUAAAAGCAAAUGCCUCUCCUCAUCAGUAACCACCAUUACUUACAGUCCUCAGACUGAAGGGGCGCUUUAGGUCGACGCUUGUAUACAAUAGCGUAGAGUAUCAGUGCGUUUAAGAGCGUUUCAGCCCUCAUGCAUGGAAACUAACCUGCAGAAAUAUGUGCCACUGUGCCCUCCAUCACUCUGACAGCUGAUGACAUUUCACACACACACACACAAAAUAGCAUCACAUUUGAGGCUCUGGCAUUUCAUUUCUCAGCUGCGACGUGGGAGGCAAUCCCAUGGUAAACAAAUUUGUAAUUAAACACGUCAAAAUUUAGAUAUUGCAAACUGAAUUAGAUUUUUCGUUGACGUUCUGGGUGUGAUACCUCCGUCUGAAUACCCAGCGCUCAGAUUUAAACUAUCUGACAAGCAGGAUUACUUGACGUACAGUAAAUCACCCUCACAUCCCUCUUUGCAGCCGAGUGUGACAGACAGACGGAGGGUGAGAGAAAGAGAGGGGGAGAGGGAGAGAGAGGGAAUGUGGCAGGGUUAAUGAAGUCAUCUCCAUCCUGGUCACAUAGCGCAGAGGCUGUUUGAGUUCCUCCAGGGAUGCAGCCUCCCCCCCCCUUCUGUCUUUUUCUCCCUCCCAUGUAGAAGCCCUCGGCCCGGGCCUGCACACCCAAGCGUGCCUCUUUUUCUCUCACAAGCACAAAUUCUCACUCGACAUCCUGCUGAUAGCAUUUUAUAAAGGCCAGCGAAUGCAUGUGAUGGAGUAAAAGCGCAGAUAUGAGGGGUUGAUACUCAGUCUUCCUCCCUUCUUUUUGGUUAGUCUGCAGCUCUGAGUCAAAUACUAUACCAACAAACACACGUGCUUACACACAUACACUGUUUGACAUUCUGUAGCGUGUGCAUUGUGAACACAGACACGUACUCAAACAGGAUGUAGCUGCUUGACUUUCGGGGGACAUCAGAUUUAGUCCAUGCUGACAUUAUCGUUGAGGAAAAUACUUGUUGUUUGCGCUUUAAUGGGAUUUUUACAGAAGAGGAUUAGGGCCACUGUGGAAAAAAAAGGCUCUAUAUACAGUAUAUAUAUAAAUAUGUGGUUUAUGCUGAGGGAAAAAAAUAGACUUUUAAAAUAAAGUCAGAAAUCUAAGAAAAAGUCGGAAUUUAAGAUUGAUGUCGGAAUUCUGACUUUGAGCUCAGAUUUCUAACUUUAAAUUUCAAGUCAUGAUUCUGAGAUUGAAGUCAAAAUUGAAAAAAACAUGUCCGAAUUCAGAGGAAAAAAGUCAGAACUCUGAGAAAAAAGUCCUAAUUCCAAAAAGUCUCAAUUCCAAGAAAAGUCAUAAUUCUGAGAAAAGAUCAGCAUUCUGAGAUUGAAAUCAGAAUUCUGAGAAAACAAGUUUGAAUUACAAGAAAAAUGACAUAAUUCAAGAAAAAAGUCAGAAUUCUGAGAAAAAAUUCAUAACUCCGAGAAAAAGAACUCAGAGAAAAAAUCCUUAAUUCUAAGAAAAGUCAUUAUUCCAAGAAAAAUUUUAAAUUCUAAGAAAAAUAAAUCGGCAUUCUGAGAUUGAAGUCAUAAUUCUGAGAAAAAAGUCAGAAUUCCAAGAAAAAUUGUCAUAGUUCUGAGAAGAGUCAUUAUGGAAAAAGUCAGAAUUCAAAAAAGUCAUAAUUUUAAGGAAAAAAGGAUAAAAUUACAAAAUUCUUAGAAAAAGUCAUAAUUCCAAGAAAAUGUCAGAAUUUUUAGAAAAAAUGUCAGAAUUUUGAGAAAAAGGCAUUCUGCGAUUCAAGUUAUAAUUCUGAGAAAAAAGUUCAAAUUACAAGAAAAAUGACGUAAUUCUGAGAAAAGUCAUAAUUCUGAGAAAAAAAUUCAAAUUCUGAGAAAAAAAGUCUGAAUUCUAAGACUAAAAUCAGAAUCUUUCCAAAAAAGUCAGAAUCCUUAAUGGUUCCACAUAAUUUUAAAAAAGAAAUAUACUGGACCUUAUAAUUAUUAUUUUGUUUUAUUUUUAUUUUUCCAUUGGCCCUAUUCCUCUUCCAUAGAUUUUGCAUGUACUGCAGUAGAGAUCUGGUGUUCGCUGUGAGCAUUUGCAGGCAUCAGAAGUGAAAUAAAGGUGAAACAUCAGAUGUGUAGCUGUGUGAUGUCCAUGACUGAUGUGUCUUUUACUGCAUGCCUGUGUCUUAAUUGAUUCUGGCAUGGCGUCGUCCUAUUUGUGUGCGCGCACGUUGAGAUGCUCUCUUGGCUCUUGCAGCCCUUGUCAAGAAGAAUUAGGGCAGCUCUUUUAGAGAAGCAGAAACAGAAUACAAGCUGCUGAUACUUCCCUUUAAUAUGUGUGUGUGUGUGUAAAUAUACAUGUGUGUGUAUGUAGAGAGAGAGAGCGUGGAGGCGCAUGCACGCCUUUCUUGGCAGUGCCACUCAAGGCUAUCAGCAAAUCGGAUCAGUGAAUAUGCACAGAGGAAGAAACAGACUCAGGUACCUGUAGCCUCGUGCUCAGCGACCUGUUGAGAACAUCUGAGCAUGCCCGGUUGUGUCCUCUCGCUCCACAUGUUACUGAGAAUAUUCCUGGUCUGUUGCUAAGCAUGGCUAGAAACACACACACACACACACACGCGCUGAAGAGUCCUGCAGAGGUGGAUUUGAGAGUAAAAAUUGGGCGAACAGUCACACUGUGUGGAAUUUGUUGUUAUUUUUCAGGAUGUCUUAAGGGAAACUCUGUUUUUUUUUCAUCCUGGGCCCUAUUCUCCCAAGUGUGUGUGUUUGCUUGACUGAUAGCAGGGCAAUUUUUGGGAGAGUGGAGCAGCAGGUAACCACAAAACACUGCCUGCUGCUUCACUCUCCCUCAAUACCGGUCCAGUUUCAGAACCGGUUCGCCUCGUCUGGUAUUAUUACGAUUAAAAAAGUUGAACUGGAAAACCGUCAGACCAUAAACAGGUUGCUCUGCCUGCAUCUAUGUGUGUGUCUAAGUGUGUCUAGUUCAGUGAGGUGGUGUAAUCUCUGCAGAGUCUAUUCAGGUCAUGGUCAAAGUGAGAGAGAGAAACAGAAAGAGAAUUGAUGCUCAAGGCUCUGAAUGAGAAAACCCUUUCCUCCCAUGCAGAGGACGAAUUAGGAGACAAGAGAGAAGACAAGUGGACUUGUAGUAUUUAGGGUCCUGCAAAAAUUCAAAUUUUAGCUUGAGUUUUCUUUAUGUUUUGAUUGUUUGUGAUUGACUUUACAGUGAGCAAGCUGGUUGAACUUCAUAGAUGUUUACAGCCAAUGAAGCUUUUCAUGCUGUGAACCUUUAGGGCAUGUUUUUAUGACAGGAACCAGCUCUAGAAAGAAUGCCUGGAAUGUUGGCAGAUGACCAGAAAUACUGAACAGUCCGGUUCAUAAAAAGUACCAGGACAUGUAACAUGUAGAAACAUCUGAAGUGUCUACUCCGAUUCGUUACAUAACGUAGGGCUGGGCGGUCAAUCUCAGAAGUCUGACUUUAUUCUCAAAAUUCUGACUUUUUUUGGAAGUCUGACUUUUUUCUCAGAAUCCUUUUUUUUUGUUUGUUUGAAUUUUGACUUUUUUUCUCAGACUUCUGUCCUUCUCUCUAAAUUCCAUUUUUUUUUUAAUCUGGCUUUUUCGUUAAAUUUUGACUUCAAUCUCAGAAUUACCACAUGUUGGAGAUGUGGUUCCAUCACCCCAUCCAGUUGUAGCGGCUGGAGCAGCGGCUCAAGUAGAUUAAGUUAAUAUGGGAGGGGGUGAGCAGCUUGUGGAGUAGUUAUCGUCCAUUUAUCGUUAUCGAGGUGAACUGCUCAAUAUAUUGUGAUAUUGAUUUGAGGCCAUAUCGCCCAGCCCUAAUGUAACGUCCCAACUUUACUUGAAUUGGGUUUGUGCAUAAAGUCUCAAAAGUCUGGGACUAAAUCACUGACCCCAAAUAGAGCUCAUUGUGGCAGAAGUAGAGCAGCCGAAGCUCCACUCAGUCCAAAUCUUCCUCUUGCUUCUUAGACAGAUUUGGGGUGGCUAACUGGACGUCCCGCCUCUUUUCCUUCACGUCUUUUUAACUGAGCACCUGUUCUUUUUUAAGUCCAGUCGCCUCAAACUCUCUUUCAUUUACUGCGUGGUCCACUUUCCUCUCAUCUCCACUCUCCUCUAAUGGGCUACAAACCAAAUAAUUUGGCGGUAGUGCUGCCAGGGUCCCAGGAGAGUGUUGGCAAUGUCUCAUUAAGGUUACACACUGUCAGGGACACGGCUUCUGGAGCCGAUCCAAGAGGCAGAGUAAAGUUAUUCAUUAUUCAAAAAAAAUAGAGGAGAAGAGGAGAUAAGAAAUAGGGAGAGGAGAGGUGUGUUAACGGGAGAUGAGCGAGAGAAAAUAAUGAGGGAUGAAGGCGUGAGUGAAGCUGCGAAGGAGAGGAACUGAGUUAGGAGGUAAAAAAAAGUGGCCGCAAGUACAAAUACCUUCACACCGAUGGCAUCCCUGGCUGUCUAAGUGGAAAAACAACACACAUCAGUCAGUCUGCAGUCAGUCAAGUGGCCCCAGUCGGCUGUCAGCAGUUGCCAUGGUUACCCUCCCUAUACCGCUGCUGUUGUGAGGCUCUCCCCGUCGAGCGCAGAGGUGUGCUUUCACUUCUUGUGUCAUUAGGAUAGAAGGAAAGAUUUCCCCCUCCCUGACCCCACACUGGAGCUCAGACAGGUGUUUAACAUAAUUAGAGAGAUGUCAUUUCAGUUGAUGGCGCGGCCUCGCAGCCCCUCUGCCUGCCUCCUUAUGCGGCGCUUCCUCGUCUGCCUCAUGAGGCAGCUCGGUCCAGUUGGAUUCUAGAAAGUACAUUAGAGCGAACAAGCGUGUGUGUGUGUGUCUGAGUCGGGGGAUUCGCCGUCCAUCUGGUGUCAGAUUUCACUUCCUGGUGCUGUGAUUGACAGCUGUCAGAGGUGACGUCUCAGAGGAAUUGGUCGAUCACAGGACCGAUAUUGGCGUCAUCAAUUCUGGAUGGGAACACAUUUUUCCUAUCACUUAUUAACAACAUAACAAAUCAAAAAAAAGUCACUGACUGGUGUUUUAAUUUUGUUCUAAUACGUAUUUACAGCAUUAUCCGCCAUAUUUAGCUAUCUAUAGCGUAAUAUAGCGUAAGGUUUUCCCAUCUUUUCAAUAUUCACUGAAGUUUAGCAUUUUUUUUUUUUAAUUUUUCAGUCUCAGCAGCAGCCUCUGAAAGACUGUAAUGGCUCGACCACUAAUACUUCCUCUAUUUUGGUCCUUUGGCACCUUUAUUUGCACAGCCCUCUCCAUGGCUCGCAUGGCAGCUUUCAGCUUUCUGCUGCCUCCGGAUGAAACGAGGGAACGAGUGAGAGCGGGGGAAAAAAGGGGGAGAGAGAGCCAUGACUCAUUCACAUAAUCCUCUGAAGUGGAAAUCCUGAAACGUGCCUUGCUCACACACAAAACACCUACCCUGACACACACUCACACACACACACACAGUACGUUCACAGGGUGAGCCCGGUCGCCCGGAGCCCAUUUGUAGCGCCAUCACUGCUGAUGUGGAAUUUGGGGGCCUCAUACUCACAGAGAGGAAAACUGCAACCUCAACUGCAACCUUAAUAAUCUGUUGAAAUCCAGAUUCAUUCAUAGAUUGUGAGAUUAAGAUUAAAUUAUGGUUGUAAAAUACAUUUAAAUGUAGUUUUAGAAAACAUGUUUCAUAUGGACUCUUUGGGUCAUCUUAUUUCCUACCUGAGUACAGACUCUGGUUGUACAUUUUGUGUGUAGGAUCUGUCAACAGAUUAUUCCUCCAUAGACCAUUACAUGCCAUCAUCUCCCUCUCCAUGAUUUAUGUCAUUAUUCUCACUCAGAGCCAAUGAUAGAGCCUCACGCCACUUUCAUAUAAUUUACCGCAAUCAUCCCCUUUCCUCGUCUCCUGGAACAUAGUCUUCACAAAUGGGAUUUUGUCCAUUUUGGUUGGACUUUAUUGGUUUGCUCAUAAUACAUCACUAGUUACAGAGACUGGUAUAUUUAAUCCGCUGUUUUACGAGGAUGAAAGGAAGGAAUCGUGAAAUCUAUCACCCACUAAAUAAAGGAUCUGAAUACAACACAGAUUUAUAAAUCCAGCUCCUCGUCACCAGUCGCCUCGGGAACUGCACAGAAAUGUUGUUGACAGAUGCAGAUACUGUAUGUUAAUGACUAUUAUACAGCGUUCCAGUUGUACUCGGAAGUUGAAUUUCCGAGCUCCGAAUCGGAAGUUCAUCUAUAACGCCCCCCUGAAGUCGGAUUUCCGAUUCGCGAAAUCGGGCGAUCCUCACCAACCUCGACUUGACGACAUGUCAUAAUCAAAGAUGCAGUGCAGUGCAUCAACAGUAAAAAGUAACAGUGAAAGCUUGUGUGAUGUAUCAUUUAUUAGCACUUCUGUUUUGUUUUUGUGAAAUGAAAUAAAUGGUUUAUGUUGUACUGCCCAACAUCUAACUAUGAACACGGUGUUGUGGUGUUUUUAAGAGUAAAAUACUGUGUUAUGAGUUGUUUACAACUGGUAUAGCUAACAACAACUAAAAACAGCUGACAACGGCUGACAAUGGCUAACAGCAGACGUCCAUCUUGCUUUUCUUGUUUUGUUUUAAGUAUAUCCAGCUGCAGGCCCUCCAAACCAUGCCCAUCCAAACCACGCCCAUCGCUGUAGCAUCAACGGAAGUGAAGCGGCUGCCACGUCCAAAACACGUCCACUGUAGUACACGCUAUGGUCGUUUAUUAAGGAGACUAUACUCCAAAGUUAAUAAUAAAUUAAUAAUGCCAUUGAAAGCACAGUGUUACGCGUUGUUUACAACUGGUAUAGCUAACAACAACUAACAACCACUAACAACAGCUGACAAUUGUAAACAACAGCUAACAAUGGAUAACUGUAGGCGUCCAUCUUGGUUUUCUGACUUGUUAACUGAAACGCCAUCAACUCGGGUGUAAUGUCAUUCCCGGCUCCGACUUCCGAGGUAACCAGAAUGCAGCACUAGUACUACUUUUACCAAACACUCACCUCUCUGUCAUGUCGCCCUCAUGUAGUGGUGAAAACUUAAGACCCCAAAAUCUGAGUAUUUGAUUUACCACUUAAAUGGUUUUAAACACCUUGCUCUCCUCAUCUAGUGCAGCAGAGGCAGAUAACUGUCAAACAUGAGUCAGGUUUUGAUCGAGGUUUCUGCCUGUUAAAAGAAGUUCUUCCUCUCUGUUGUUGCUUACUAAAUGCUGCUUAGUGUUUCACUCAUGUGGUUGAAGAUGGGAUGGGAGUGGAUCAGAUCCAUUCUUUACAUCGGGACAGAGUCUGGUCUAGACCAGCUCUUUUGUUGCUGUACAAAUAAAGAUUGAUUGAUUUCGUAUCCGAGGUAACUGUGUUUCUAACAACUCGGUCAUUUGUGUCUCCACAGAAACCUGUUGGACAGGGACACCUUCUCCAAAUCAGACCCAAGUAAGACCGCGGUGAACGAGUUUCUGUUUUUGAAUGAUUGUGCACGUUAAAGAAUUUUACUAUGAUGCUAUAAAGAAAUAAACUAUAAACUUGUAUAUUUAAAAAGGUAUUUAAUACUGAGUAUAAUAUUCAGAUUGGACACACACACACACACACAUGUAUUAAGAUUAGCAAAACACAGGAUGUCAGCAGAUUUAUUAAAGCAGGGGAUAAAAAAAUGACUCAGUGAUGAUGUUGACAGUGAAGCGCAGGAUGACGAAGAUGACAGUGAUUGACAUGAUAAUGAUGAGGAAGAGCAGGAAGGAGCUCAGGCUCAGCCCCCGACAUGAGUAGCACUUCUGAUUAUGCUGUGCAAAGUGACUUUGGUCUCCGUCCGUAUAUGAAGAAUAGUAAAGGAGAGGGUGUGGAAACGAUAGAGGUCCAAAUGGAAAACCAAAGAUUUCAGUUACACAUGGAACAAGUCAGUUUAAGGGAGAUGAAUUUUCUGCUACAUGCCAGUAAAAAGCACCCACUGCACCUUUAACUCUUCCUUUAUUUCUCCAUAACACUACAUUUAUAAUCAGUAUAAUUUAGUUUAUAGCAUGCAUGUUUAACAACUUUGGUUUAAUGCCGUCAUGUCGUGUUUCUCUUCUUCACAGUUUGUGUUCUUUACACACAAGGAAUGGGCAACAAGGAGUGGAGAGAGGUGAGAAUUAACUUCCUAUUUAGACCACGUUUAAAGCAACUCUGAGGUAAACGUGAGAAUUGUUUGCAUUAGUAAACCAGCUAAUAGCUUCGCAGGAUCGAAUAUUCAUUAAUGUAAAUACAGGACACAAUGUCAGAGCAUGAAUCACUUGCAGUUUUUCAUUGUUAUGAGUGGCCCAUUAUCUAUAAUCUUUAUUUAAAUGCUAAGUUAAAUGCCAAAUGAGGACCUACUUGACCUCCAAUGACUUGAUGCCUCAGCUCUUUGCAUUCAUUACCGUACAGCUAUAGAGGAGCAGCCAGAGCCGGGUUUUAGCUCGAGCUCUUGGUGGUACAGUUGCUUAAAGUGCAAAAAAACAGAGCAAUUAAAGUUAUACGAUUGUGUCCCCGAAUAACUCUGCGUACGUCAAUAACACGCGUUGCUUUUUCAAUCUAGUUUGGGAGGACAGAGGUGAUCGACAACACGCUAAACCCUGACUUUGUGCGGAAAUUCAUUUUGGACUACUUCUUUGAGGAGCGGCAGAACCUUCGAUUUGACCUGUGAGUAUGUCUUCAUCUAAAGAGCUUAUUUUUCUCAUCUCAGGUCCUUAAAUACAAAAAUACAAAGAUUUCCAUUUGUCCUUGGAGAGGCAAGACUAACCUUAACUGACUCUACUACGACACAGCUUCCUGCAGACCUCUCAUGACAUUAAAGCGGGCCACACAGACUAAUGUUCAUUCAUGAAAAAUGUCUUAGUUUGAUAUUAAAAAGGGUUUUCUCAAUCUGAAAAACACAUUAGUGCAUCAUUGUUGAAUAUUUUGUCAGAAACAUGAUAUUUUAAUUUCAAAUAACUCCUCCUUUUCUUCACAAAAGGUUUCCUUAACAGAGACAUUUUGAUUUUUAAGACACUUGAGUGUGACUUCGGUAUUUAAAAGCUACGUAAAAGCAGAGUUGGUUGUGGUCCAGAUUAAACUCCUGUGCUUUCAAAAUUGUAUUUGUCCCAAAAUUUAUUGUUCCACUUUAACUGUGAAUUUGUUGGUUCCCUUAUAUCUAUUGCUUGCUAUUUAUCGCUCUAGUUUGUUUUUUUUUCUUGAAUUUACAUUUAUUAUGACGUGGGCUGCUGACCUCCUGGCCAGGUCGCCCAUGUAAAUGAGAUCAUGAUCUCGAUGGAAUUUUACCUGGUUAAAUAAAAAAAUGAAAUAAAAAUUAACUUUUAUUGAUGAUUAUUUUCAGUUUGUUAAAUAAAAAUGUAAAUUAUAUCAACCACAAAUUUGAGAGAAGUAAAACAGUUCACUGAACUUUAAAUUAUGUCAGAUUUCAAAGGUCAUAACCUGACAUGAAAUAGUUGUCCUCAUGUUUCUUAUAUCUUUGACUUUUGAGUCGUAGUGAGUUAAACUCAGUAAAGUUGGAUUUUUGUGUGACUCAUUGGUCCCAGCAGGUUUUUAUCUGAUACUUGUUUCUUUGAAAGAAGCUGUCAGGAGACAUCUGGCCUUUAGAUUUAUUAAGCCAGCAGGCUGCAUGUAGGUGAGGAGAUUUUCUGUCUUAAUAUGCUCUCAGAUCACAUUUCUCAUUGAAUUACAGAGGGGAUGUUGUGGGUUUGAUUGUAUUAGUAAGAGACUAAUUAUAUCAUAAUCUAGAAAUGAGAGAGCCGUACCGGCAACCCGAAUAGGGUCAGAGCGUGCUCAGUGAGGAGGAGUUGUUUUUUCUCAUUGUUUCAUUUGUGUGUGUGCAUAAACUUAAAGAUUUCAGCGUUACCAAUACUGACAUACUGAUACUGCACAUCAACGCUAACACGAGUCUCAUUGAUAACUGACUCUUUGGCUCUGAGUUGCUGCAUCACCAGACAAAAGAAAACUGAUGCAUGAGUCUCUCAUUCCCACAUACUGUGUUCGACAAUUUCAUGUGCUUGUAUGUGCAUGUGUUGGUGGCUAUGUGCUGGGUUUAGCAAUGGUAACCAUAACAACUGGGGUCCCGGGGGACUGUGGGUGUUAUAUAGGAGUGGACAGAUUCCCUUGAGGGAUCGAGGCGCGUUUAACCUUUCCUAUUCGCUCUAUCAUGAACCGGACCAUGUGACUGAAUCUAUAUUAUUAAGUGCAAACCUGCUACUUAAGUGACAAAUCAGGAAAUGACUCAGUGACGGAUGUGAGUGUGUCAUUUAGAAGGGUGCGUCCUUAUUAUCCAGUGUGAUUGUGUUGCGGUAAACAGACAAAUAUAGCUGAUAUUUUAGGCUCAGGAUAUCACUGAAUAUAAAAGACCGAACUAGUAUUUUUAAGAGGCUGUGAUAAGACUGCAUGAAAAGGAAAAAUGGAGAGUUUACAUCAGUCUGGCACUUUGGUCCAGACUUGAAUUAUGUCAACAACGAUGCAAUGAGCUAUGAUUGAUGUCAAGAUCAUGAUUGUGUUGAAAUCAUGGACUGUAUUUACUAUGGACAAUGUGGUUCCGCCUUCUGCCAGUAUAUGGAUUUGAAGCUGAAUCGCUCUCGGUAUUUACAGGGUUUUUUCUCCACUUCCUGAAACAAACUUUGCGCAGUAGCAUUGUACGCAUUCAGUGGGAGAGUUGCUGUGAUGACACUCAGCUCAAACAACGCAUCCCACAGGUGAGCUACGCAAUCUUCGUACGCCCAUAGGUUGUAUCAAGUGUCAAUCAUAGAAAACAUGAAUAACUUUUAAAAACGGAGCUGCACAGAAAAAAGAGGACUUGAGCACAAACUGGUCUUACAAUAACUACAUGUCAACAUCACAACCAGGGGAGAGAAAAAUGUGAAUUCAGUGUAAUAAAUUUCAUAAGUUUGUCCACAGCUCCAUAGGAGUUCCUGGAGGAGGCAGGAUUUAUGACCUAUACUGCAGGCCGUCACCAGAGGGUGCUGUUCUUGCGGUGGCUUCACCCAGCUAGCAGGCAGAUGGCGUCCAUUCUAUACUCAGUCUAUGAUUGAAAUACUCAAACGUUAACUUGAAUUAUGCACAGAGAUAUUGUCAAUUGAACUUUAAACCAUAGGACUCAGGAUUUGUAAAACAGCUCUUACUAUGAAACCUCAGAGAUACCUUCGAUCCAGGGUUGCUAAAAAAUGGCCAAGAAGAGACAGAAAAGUGCUUCAGGAGGAAGAUUUUCAUGGAUCACAGCGUUCUCCUUUAUGGCAGACAGGGGAAGCUGUUUUAUUUGAUUUUCUGCCUCUUCCUCUCAAAGUGUGCCUCUGUUUCUCUUAAACCAAAGAGCGUGGAUUGAAAACCCGAUCAAAACGAGCUUCUUUACUUUGUUGUGAAUCAAAAUAGCUUCCUCAGUUUCACAGAGGAAAGGAAAUACCUCUGGGGAUGUUGUUGAUGACAAACUUUUCAACUCAAGCGCUGAUUUACAACGUCUGUUAUCCCCGCUGUGUCCCCAGCUGAGCUCCUGUCAUCCUCCAUCUCUUCCUAGAGCGCUGACUCUCCUCUUUGCUUUAUUUCUACAGGUAUGAUGUCGAUUCAAAGAGUGCCAACCUUUCAAAACACGUGAGUACCAAAACUUACCACUGAACACUCAUUUUAAACAAAACCCUCUUGGCUUUUUUUUUUUCUUUACGUCACAGCUCUUCCCUCUUAUCUGUGUUUGCGCUGGUGUGUCCAGUCAGUCCGGUUCGCCCAGACUUCUCUGUAAACACACGUGAGGCAGGGGGAGUUAUUAGUGGAAACAGAGGGAGAGUAUUUUUCUUCACAAACCACAAAUAAGUCAGUCAGCAAUAAUAAAGAUUUACAGAUUUAUAAUUUUACCAAAGAGGUCCUUUAACGAAAAGAGAAGCACAGCACAUACAGGUCAUACUCUGGUGACGUGUCAUUUUAAACAUAUGUCCAGUUAGUUCAGCUCUAGAGUGCAUGUAACUCCAACAAGUUCCAGUGGUUUCUUCCAUUUCUCCUGAAACGCCUGAAUCCUCCCGUUUAUAUAAUGUCCCAAUUUUUCAAGAGUCACAACUUCACAUAUCAGAGAUUUCCACAUCAGAACAGAAGGCGGGUCAUCUCCAACCCACUUUACAAGGAUUGCUGUCCUUGCCAACAUUAAAGGUCAUUACACACCGGGGCCGACACGAAUAUAGGACGUGAACUUACGAUAUAUCAGGAGGCGAAUUUUGACGCUCCUGACUAUACGUAUCAAGCCCGAUACGAUUUUGUGACUUUCCGGGGGGAAAGCACUUAUAGCCAAUCAAAGGCGAUAAGAUAAGCACAUGAAUCUAUGGUAACAACCGUUAGCUUAUGUUAGCAAUGAUAAAAUUUAAAACCAAAACGUUUAGCAAACUUUUAAAGCAUGCAAACUAUCGUCAUAUGAGAGAUCCGACACUAUGACUCUCCACAAGUUGUCCUUCAGGUCGUUAUUUUUGUAAUGUUUGCACUCUGUUCUCCGACACGUAAACAAUCAGCCAUGUUGGAUAUACCGGUGAAUCUGACGUCGCAACAACACAACAACACGCAAUCUGAUUGGUCAGAAGUGGACACCCAGUAUGCAAUCUGAAAAAAUAAAUGCUGCAAUAUCGCAGAACGGGAAAACAUCACUGAUGUGAACGCUUGUAUUAACAGGAUACGAGUUCGAAAAAAAAUAUUGACGUCCAAAAUAAACGCACAACAAAAACGGUCCCGGUGUGUAAGGACCUUAAGAGUGAUUGAAUCACCUCUUCAUGUUGUUUAAGAGAAUUGGGGACACUUCCGAGCAAACAUAAAAGUGGAGUUGCUGGCACCUGUUGUCAUAUUGUGAUACUGAUAUUCGCACAUAUUGGCCUCCAGAAUACCUCAAUUGUAUUGCAUUCCCACAGGCAGUGCAACCUAGUGCGUGCAUGACUUUAACAUUUGGGACAAUUCGGUGAAACUCCUGCUGUAUAUUUACUGUAAAUGUACGGUGAUAUAUAGAUAUAAAUAUGUUAUUUAAGAUCUUAUAUUGUAAUUCUCUAUAUCUCGCCUGCUCCUCUUCAAAGUAAAGCACACGGGACGUGAGUUGUAAUAUCAGUGUUUUGCACUUGAACAGUAUUAAUAUACUGCCACCUAGUGGGUAAAAAGAGUUACUUCCUGUGACGAACACACCUGACCUCUAAUUUGAGGCUGUCAUCCUGCCCGCUCUUCUAUACAAUCCCCCCCGUUGUCUUUUUACCGUGUCAAUCCGUCACUUAUUUUUCUCUCACCCCUUCUCCUCGUACUCUCUCAAUUUCUCAUUUCCCUCCCGCGGUCUGUCUGACUGUCUCUACCCAUCGGCUCAAUCAAUGAUCUCAUCCACGUAGAGAUUGGUAUGUAGGCGGGGAGAGGCAGCGGACCAGCCUCAAAGCGGGUCUUGGGAGAGAAGCCGGAGAGCCGAGCCAUUACAUGGUGUUUUUGACAUGGGGGGGGGGGAGCGAGGCUGCAGGCGCACGUGAGCCCAGCGAGUCUGACAGACGAGCGAACAGACGAACGAGCAGCCUGAGGGAGUGAGGGGGGAGAUGAAAUACAACCAAUACUCAUUAUUGCUCUUAUUAUAACCAGAUUUAUUCUUGUCAAAAAUAGCACCAUGAUAUAUUUUUAACAUCUACUGUAUUAGUUACACAAAGCCUCCUCUCAGACCCUGCUGACAUCUCACGCUGAUAACAGCACCAGUUGCUAGGUGCUUUGUUGCUUGACUGCACGGCCUCUCCAUCAAAGACGGAGAAAUUAUGUAGCGUAACAGAAAAAAAACCUGAUCUAUAUAUAUAUAUGUAAUCCUGUCAUGUCUCUGCCUGUGUGCGGGUAUCAGCUGUAGAGUUUGAUUAUAGGAUGGUGAUUUAAUUUACCAGAAAAGUGGCGUUGGAGCACGGUGGAGCAGGUGAGGGCUGGUGGGAGGACAGCUCAAUCCGUGUGUCGCUGUUAUGUGCCAUAGGGAAUAUUGACGUUUCUGAAAUGGUGUUGUGCCCUCCGGAGCUGGGCGGCUCAUGAAAUCAUUAUUUCUGUUGGUUUUUGUUCAAUAAUUAAAAUUUGAAACCUGUUUUAUUGUGUUUUGGUGCACUCGCCUGUAAAACAGCUAAUAUGUAUUUUUAAACUCUCUCUGUCUCUCUGUGCAGGAUUUUCUGGGCCAGGCCUGCUGUACUCUCGGAGAGGUAGUUGGAUCCCUGGGCAGUCGCAUGGAAAAGCCACUUGGGUGAGUGAUGGUGUAAGCUAGAGGUGUUCUUAUAUUUGAGUGAUGAUCACGGCAAACAAAACCUGCGACCCUUGGAGCGAAUUUUCACCGUAGAAGUGUCCAGACGUUUCUUCUGAGGGGUUUCUACACAUAAGCAUCAAUCAUGUGCAAGCAUGCUAACACCGCCACGUUUCUCUGUGACUGUUAUUAAAGGUGGGGUAGGCAGGAUCUGAGGAAGUGCCAGUUUUUUGGGAGAAAUCUUGAAUUUAAACUCUACCCCUCCCGACCAGUUCUCCCCUCAGCUCCUCCUCUCCCCUCCCUCUCUGCUCCAGCAAGCCCCGCCCACAAACAGACGCUCGCGCUUGCCCGUAUCGUUCCAAUUAAAUUCAGAUAUAAUGCAGAUAAACUCUUCCAGCAGGUCCCGUUUUACAAGAAACACUUCUGUUACAGACACUUGGCUUACUUUGUUAAAGCGGUUUACCUGUCCAUCAGUGUAGGUAGCCGUACGGUUAUAAGUCUGUAUGUGUCACGUGGUGUUUGUGGUUGCUGUGGUAACGUGCGGGAGCUUGGGUCACGUGGGGCACAGGGUGAAUCCCAGGUAGUUAUAAAAAUACGUCGUUUACCUGCAGUCAGGUGGAGAGAGGGGUGCGGGGUAGCUGUAAUUUUUGUUCAUAGUAUAGCAAAGCAUUGUUUCGCUCUGGUUUGCCUUUUGUUUGAUCCUGCUGUGUAUCCAAAGGAGUCCCUUGUGUGUGACCACAAGCAGACGUUUCAUAAAAGACACCGUAAAGUGCAUCAUAAGCCUCUUGCUUGUCUAUGGAGAAAGCGAUAGCGCGUCGGACAAAUACUGGACCCUCAAUUUUCCUCUCAAGCGACAAGGUUGGCCUUUGGAGUCGCUACACCCGGCUUUAUAGCUCUUGUCCGGUCUACCUGGGUUUUAAGCGCCUGUUGUUCCGCCAGAGUCUUCGGUAUUUACUUUGUUUUCUUGCUUGUGUUGGAGGAGGAUUCAGACAAUUUUCUGUACUUUCAGGUUGGUUUCUACUGUCUGAUGUUGUAGCACGCUAACUUUGUUUGGGCUCGUUAUUCGAGGGUGUGGAGCAUGCCUCACAACCAAUCAGGUCGGGGAGGUGGAGAACGGCUUUUUUACUGUCAGAAUAAGCGGACUGCUCAAAAAACACAGCGAUAUCAUUAUAUUCCCAAAUGUCAUCAAUAACUACUAGCUAUGGACUGAUAUUAAAGGAUUUUUUGUUCAUACACCACAAACAAAGAUGCUUUUUUAAUGGAUUCUUGCCUACCCCACCUUCAAGAAAAUGACUUUCUACAAUUGCACCUGAAGAUGGUCACUAAGGGGAAUGUCCUCCACACAGGGACCCUCUCAAAUAAGACCUAAAAACAAUAACCUCUAUAUCACCCAGCAAACCUUGAUGCGAUUGUUUCUAUUUACCUCCUCGUCCGUUGAGUAGCAAUCUCCGUGGAAAUUGCAGCUGAAGGUUUCCCACUCUCAAAGAAAGAGACAUUAUUCUUAUGUGCACCAUGGACACCUUCUAAGUGUUGUCAACCCCCGUCCUUCCUUCCACACACACACGGCGCUCAGUGUAGCUCAGUCAACACGCUGAAGUGUCCUUGAACACGACACUUAACCCUAACCUGCUGGCGUUGUGCGACCGGGAUUAGUUAAAACUGAUGGAUGCCACCUCUGCGUGAACGGGAGGAUGCUUGUAAAAGUGCUAAACAGUCACACUCAUAAACACACAGCUUUACCGCGACCUCAUGGACCAUAUUCUCAAAGAUGUCAUGAGCGCUUUGUCGCCGAAAUAGAAAGUCUGUCAUUAAUAAUUGAAAACAAAGAUGGAGAGGAGAGAGGGGGCCGCAGAUGUCGAGGCUGUUAUCUUGCUGAGGUUGUGUACGUUUAUUGUGUAUGCAUGACUUUUAUAGACACACACCUGCAGCUCGACAACGACGGGGGGUAUAUUUAACAGUUUUAAUGAGGGCUAAUUACAGAUAAUGAUAUUGUUCGUUCAAACUCCUGCCAUGUAAGCGUGCACUUUUAUGUAUAAUGUAUCCCUGCGAGUUUGAAGUCCGCUUUAUCUAUUCUGUUUUCUUUACUACUACAAAAUAAUUACUCUUGAAGUCUUGAAUGAAACUCAGAUUAAAGCGCUCUGUAGUGUUGCCGUGUUAGUAACCCGAUCAGGUUUGCUCCUUCAGUUAGGAUUAUAAUUAAAACGACAUACCUGUGCAGCUUUUUUUCCCCUGGUCUGCGUGAGCCUUUUCUGCAGGAACAUGUGUGUGUGCCGCAGCCCAGAAGUGGUCCAGACAUAAUUACCCAUCUCGCCAGACACUGAUUGCAAAACCGUGAGCCUUAAUCAGCGGAUUCGCAGAGUCUCCUCGCACCCACACAGACUCAGGAACACGCUAACACACAUAUACACACAAAAAGAGAGAGAGAGAGAGAGAGAGAUGUUUGUGGAGCGCUUCCCAAAUUAGAGUGCUUUUUUUAUGUUGUGAAUAAAAUAAUGAGGAGAGAGCGACUAACUUGUAAAAAGAUUGUCUCUUUCAAGAAGUUUUUUAAUUAAAAUCACAGAGUUUACGGUGAAAACUGAACUUUAAUGAUAAAAAACAACAAUAACACAAUGUGAUAUCGACCUCGUUUAUCGGCUAACUUGCUGUUUCAAAUUCAACCAUUGGCUCUUUAAUCUCAACCUUAUGCUUUGUCUUUGUGUUUUAUUACAGAGGGAUUCCAGGGAAGAAGUGUGGCACCAUUAUUGUGAAAGCCGAGGAGCUGAACAACUGCAGGGUGAGGACGCACGUGAACUUUCUGAUACGUCGUUCUUGGUUCUGUCUGUCUCUUCUGUUUGAGUUUAACACUUGACGUCUUACUUGCUUUCUUGGUUAAACUGUAACUGAAUUUAGACACUUGUUCCUUGUAGGGCUGGGCGAUAUGGCAAUAUGGAUAUGUUACGUUACCUGCGCUACUCGCUAUACAGACCGUGUAUAAGCUUAAACGUUACCCUUCACCUUAGUCGAAGACGGUCCGACAGGAUUUGAUGCGCUCCUUAAAGACUCAAAACAAGUCGGAAAUAACAUUGUGUGUUGUUGUUCUGACAGUGCGAGUAGAAAUCAUUUGUGCCGCAUUGAUAAUAAUGCUACUAAUGCUAGUAAUGCUACUCGCUAUGUAGACCGUGUAUUAGCUUGAAUAUUACCUUUCACAUUGAUAGAAGAGGGUCAGACAGGAUUUGAUGAGCUCCUUGAUGACUCACAACAAGUUGGAAAUAACGUUGUGUGUUGUUGUGCUCACACAGUGCGAGUAGAAUCAUUAGUGGCGCAUUGAUAUUAAUGAUCAUGUGAAAUUUCAGUAGCGGCACACGUAAUUUGGCAGUGGUGGUGCGCUGCUGCUAUAUGAAUGUAGGGAAAACACCGCUGAUACAUAUAAGUCCGAGGUAGAACUAUGAGAGAUAAAAACUUAUUUUUUUAGGUGUGGCGGCUUUUAUUUAGCCGUGAAUAAUUGCAUGUAGGGGAAACCCUGCACGAUAUCGCACGAUAUAUUGAGUGGUUCACCUCGAUGACGAUAAAUGGACGAUAACUACUCCACAAGCUGCUCACCCCCUCCCACAUUAACUUCGUCUACUUCAGCCGCUACAACUUUUGAACCGUCCUCCAUCUUCUCACCUGUCUUUCCCUCUCUGUUACGGACUGGAUGAGAUGGAGUCACGUCUCUGAUGCAGGACAGCGUCUUAAAGGGACAUGAAACCAUAGCCUACCUACACUUAUCCAAAACCAACUUUUAUUUAUUUAUUUUAUUGACACCGAAUAUACCGAUAUGGGCAAAAUGACGUCGGUUAUUGACGGAAAUUUUGGUAAAUUUUUCGGUUUAUCGCCCAGCUCUACUUUCUGCACAAUCUCUCUGAAGGUUCCUAGUUCCUGCAGCGGAGAAGCACCUCAGGAGUUGCAUUAAGAGGAAUUUAUUGGAGAAGAGGGGGAACAAAAAUCCCCGACCAAAAGACUUUAAGAAACUUUUACGUUGCAUUCAUUUAUUUCUCUGUUUCUGCUCAUUAGGAAUCAGUAAUGAUGCAGUUCUGCGGAAACAAGCUGGACAAAAAAGAUUUCUUCGGCAAGUCUGACCCCUUCAUGGUUUUCUACAGGAGUAAUGAGGACAGCACGUGAGUCCUUCCUUCCUUCCUUCCUUCCCUUCUACAUGUUUCCUUCUCUCCUUCAUGAUAAAUGUAAUCCUUUCAUCCGAAGGGAAUUGGAUUUAUUGAUUCGCCCCGGAUCAAAAGCUCUGCUGCCUGUUUAAGGAUGUGUGUGUGAGUUACAUGUGGGAAUGGUGUGCUUGGGAUGUGCAGGAAGCAGGAUGCUGUUAACAAGUGGAUGUUCAAAUGUGUGUUUGUGUUUGUGUGUUUGUGUGUGUGAGAGAGAGUGUUCGAUCCGGCUCUGUGGGCUCCUCUUUUUCAUCCUGCAGUGUGUGACAAGUCAGAUAAGACCUUGUGCUCUGUGGGUGGAAGAUACCGAGUCCACCCGGAGCGGUCAAUCCAGUCCGUCGUUAUUAAGGAAAAAUACUAUCACUGCGUUUUAACUUACAUACUUUACCUCCUUCCCUUUUAUCCCUAACUUCCCUUCUUCCUCGACUCCUUUUCUCUUCCGCUUUCGUCCAUCCUCAUCUUCCUCCGCAGGUUUACCAUCUGCCACAAGACAGAGGUGAUAAAAAACACGCUGAACCCAGUCUGGCAGGCCUUUAAGAUUCCCGUCCGGGCUCUUUGCAACGGUGAUUACGACAGGUGAGUGGAGUAAAGCGAAGAGUACUCAUUUGUCACUGACUGACAUGAAACCUGAGAAACCAAGAUUCUCUAUCAGGUUGAGAUAAACAGCAUGUGGGCUGAUAUCGUAAGCUACAACGUCAAGUUGAAACACAUUUACUUAUUUAUGGGAACUAGCUUGUUAAAGGUGAUAUUCAAAAUGGCACUUUUCUCUCCUUCUCAAUCUUCUUUCUGUCAUUAACUUUGAAAUAUAAUGUCCUGUUACAGUCACAUAUUCAGUCUUUUCUGUGAGUCCCUGAGCUCCAUCAUGCCGUAGGUUCCUCCAAAUCGCUGCUGCAGAUGUUCUGUUAAUCAGAGGUUGUAUCCAUCUGUGUUAAAUAUAUGAUUUAGGCAAAAAUGUGCAUCUGGAGGAAAAAUUUAAGUUCUUCAAGCAAGUUACUACAGAACAAGAUUAGAUAGAUUAGAUAAAUGAGUUCACCCCUUCAGAGUUGUCAAAAACCCUUAAGUUUCCUUUCAGAAUUAACAUUUUCUAUGUCAGACUAUACAAAAAAUUCUCCCCCAAAUGUAGGCCAUGGAUUUGAAACAUGAUUUUUUAAGUUGCAUACAAACAAUAUUUUUGUUUGUUUAAAAUCAGGAUGCAAAUAUGAGUAGACCACAACAAAGUUCUGGGAGCACAGCUACAUUUUAGUUAUCAUAUCACCCUUAUUCUCAUCUUAUGGUAAAUAAAAUAUUAUGUUAAACUCACCUUUGUUGUACUUUUGCUCAUCUAGAUAUUGAGUAAUACAUUACUUUAAAUAGGGAGUGUACUGACUUAUGCUAGGUACUGUAUUUAUUUUAAGAUUGUUCUGAGAAAAAUUCAGGUGUCUGACUAUUUUUCUCAGUAUUCUGACUUUUUCUUCUGAAUAAUAAUGAAAAAAUACAUAAAUACAGUAUUUUGGACCUAUUUUUCCUUCAGUGGAUCUUAUCCUCUCUCGUAAAUUACUAAUAACUGAACAUUUCCAAAGAUUGAUACCAUUAAUCUUGCGAAUCGCCUCUCUAAUCUCAACCCAAUUUCAUCCCAAGUCAUUCUGCAUACUGAAACUGCCUCCUCUCCUCUCCUCUACUGUCGUGGGGCCGUCCUCCUCCUCCUCCUCCUCCUCUUCCUCAUCUGUGUGGUUUCAUCCAUUUCAUGCAUUGAUAGCAUCUCACAGGCAUUGAAAAGAAGCAGACAAAAGGAUUUGGUUUGGUGUACCUGGCAGACAGCAGCGUUGAUCUGACGCUUAGUCCAAUAAGCUUAUUAGAGGAGUGGAGACACACCAUGCCUUAUGAAUUGGAGACUCAGGAAACUCUUAGUGGAUUACACACUCAUAAAACACACAUACUCACUCACACACACACUCACACACACACAUGUUGUGUCGGCCUCCCUGCAGUCUGUGAGGGGAGAUAAGGAGGCUUGCAAACAAUAGGGAACAGUGUUGUUCAGACUCGAGGUGCUCUGAUGGGCAGGCUGCCAGUCCCUUCCCACUUCUCCUCCUUAUUGCCUCUUUUCCUCUAAUGGACAUCUCACUCUAAGAAGCUUUUAGGCCCAUUAACGCUGCUUUACUUCCUGGGGUGUGUCUCUAAACUCAAUGACAGUAAAAAAGAAAGAGGAAGAUUAAGCUGAUGAACUUUAAGGCCACAAAGUUUUACCCAAUCCUCCGAUAACAGCUAAUUUUAAAAACAUUUAUUGUUCAGUUUCUCUCCAUGGGGCCUUUUGCUCUCUCUCUCUCUCUGUUUUUAAUUUAGAUUCCUCGCAAUCAUAUCUUUUUGCAUCUCUCUUUUUCCUCCUUUUCUUGCAUUCGUCAGGAUUAAAUAACACCUCUGCUGAAAACAUGGGCAGAUAGAGUGAUAGAGCAGCAUCUGCCUCUCGUAAACUCUUGUUAUUUUCCUGGUCAGCUCAAAAGAAAUGCCUCAAAAGAUGUUGAGAUGAGAAGAGGGUGUUACCAGGACGUACACAGUGUCAGACAGAUAAUCCGCAGAAUGAUAACAAUGAAGAAAUAGGAGUUAGACACAUCAAUUUUACACAUUAUGUCUGCAAUAAAAAAUUUACAGGGUAUCCUCGGCACAUUAAAACAUCUAACAUCCAAUGAUUUGAGUUUUAAGGCCUUAAAAUGCCUAAAAAUCUCUAAAAAUCUCAUAAAAGGUUUUAAAUACAAUUUAAGGUCUUAAAAUGUAUUAACUCUGUAGUAACAUUUGAAGUAAUGUAAAAUUUUCCGAUUUCCUUUUAUGUCUAUUGUACUUUUUUACCAUUAAGGAUGUAAAAUGGGUCUUAAAAUGUAUUUGUUACGGUCUUUCAAAACUCUUAAAACAUCUUAAAUCCAAUAAUUUGAAUUAAAGGCCUUAAAAUAUCUGAAAUUCUCUUAAAAUCUCAUAAAAGGUCUUAAAUGUGAUUUUUAAAAGGUCUUAAAAUGUAGUGACUCUGCUUACAAAUAAAGAACGUGCCGUGGGAACAAAGAUUGAUUUAAUAUAAUGUAAAAUUCUCCGAUUUCCCUUCAUGUCUUUCGUACUUUUUGCCAGUUUGGAUGUUAAAUGGGUCUUAAAUUACAUUCAUUACAGUCUUUAAAAGCUCUUAAAAAGUCUUAAAUUUGACAUAACUAUUAUUCUUUGAAGCUCCUCAAACGAGUUUUUUGUCAUUCAUGAAACAGUCUGAAACUCAUCUUAAUGUCUUUUAAUGAUACACAAACUCAAACAAGACCAUCAGCUACAAUUUCUAUAUCUUCAUUUUUAUUGUCUGAAAUCAUGCAGUUAAAGAAACGGCCCUGUUUUUCCAAUUUCCUCAACAAGUACGACAUUUGACUGUCAAAGUCAGCGGGAUGAGAUUUGUGGUCAUAAAAAAGUACUCGAGCAUGAGUGAAGACUGCAAGGGUCGCACAACAUCUUCUCAAAAUACACGAACAAAUAUGAUGAGAAGUGAACUCCGAUUGAGACUAAUCUCUCUUAUUGUUUUGCUUUUGUCGCAACAGAACAAUCAAGAUCGAAGUGUACGACUGGGACAGAGAUGGCAGGUAUUUCCCUCUUUGUUUUUUUAUUUGAUUACUGUAAACACGGUGACCUGGAGCAAGUUUAGCCACUCAUGUGUCCUUGUGAUCUUAAUCCAGAUAAAUAAGAGCAAUUUCCCAAACAGUCUUAUACCAGAAUUAAUCUAUUCACCCAUUUUUACUUCUGUAUCUUGUCUCACUUCCUUCUCUUUGUAGUCAUGACUUUAUCGGGGAGUUCAGCACCAGCUACAGAGAGUUAUCUAGAGGGCAGAGCCAGUUCAACGUCUACGAGGUCAGUUUGUGUGUGUUUGAAGUAGAUAUCAGCUCCUGUGUUUUGUUGUCGUCUCCUUAAACCUGGCAGAAGGAGAGUGUUUCCAAAUCAAAAUACUUGUUCCAAAAAAGCAGAAAAUGCUCGAUUUUUCGAUCUUAAAAACUCAUAAUAUCAAACUGAGAGCCUGAUCCGUAAAGUGAGGAAGAAAUUUAACAUCUUUUUAGAUUUGAUGAUCAGCAUAUUCUUCAAAAUCAGAGGAUUUUCUUUAAAAAACACCUGAAGAGACUUACUCAGCUGACUUUAAACUUCCCCGCUGAUCACUGGAGCUUGUGUGUUUUGUCGCCUCCUCGGUUUCCCCGCCAGCAUUUCAAUUUUUUGGUCUAGUUGCUUUCAUCAGCAUCUCGUGAAAACAGCAGUCAACAACGAAGGAGCAAACAGCGCGCCCAGUUAGAGGAAAGCUCGUAAACAUCGUGAAGCGGUUGGCAUUGAAAGAGGCAGAUAUUUCCCCGGGGAGCCGGUGGAGACCAAAACAAAGCAAAGUGUACUUCAGGGAUGCUUUUAUCACUUUUACGACGCUUAUGAACUCGACAAAAAACGUUAAAAAUGUUGGUGAUAAUCUCGUCAAUUUUAGGUGGUGAAUCCAAAGAAGAAAGGGAAGAAGAAAAAAUACCUCAACUCUGGGACGGUAAGGAGCUAUCAUGUUUCUGCUCAGUCAUCAGAGGAAACUGUAUUUAUUAUAACGCGCCAUUAUUACUGAUUUAACGCUCUUCAUGGUCCCGUCACUUCCAGGUCACGCUGCUGUCAUUCCUGGUGGACAUUGAGGUCACCUUUCUGGACUACAUCAAAGGAGGGUGAGUGAAGAGCAAACCCUCUUUGAAGGACUUCUGUGAGGUUGGAGACGUGUAGUCUGAUAAUAAUCACCUGACUGUGACUCAGUGUGUAUGAUCCUCCAAGGAUAAUGACCUCCCAGCGUGUGCGUCUGCAUGAGAGCCGAGAACUGUGAGCAGGAAAAACUGAGAAAUGACCAGUCAGAUACGUGUGUGUGUGUGUGUGUGUGUGUGUGUGUGUAAUCUCGUAUUGUGUUUCACCCCUUGCCCAUGUCGUGUGUGUGUGUGUGUGUGUGUGUGUGUGUGUCUGUGCACAUGUGCUUGUGUGUGUUUAGUGCUCAGGAGGAUUGACUGCGUGCAACCAGGCAUGGUGCGAUUGCUCGCCUACACACUCUGCCUUCAUUAGACUCACAGAGGGGGAGACUGUCAUGGCAGGAGAAAGGGACGUGUGUGUGUGUGUGUACAGUAGAGGACUUGUGAGAGGGUACUCACAUGACGCACAAACGCACACUCCUGUGAUUAUUCCCUUACAGCUCCAUUUGUGUGUGCGAUUAAAUCUGCAAAUUUUAGCCCGUUUAAGACGAAUCGGUAAUCGGCCAAAACUCGCCAAUUGUAGCUGAUAUUUUCAGAAAUAAAUUCGGUUUCACUUCGAAAAUGUUCUGCCAUUUCGAAAGUUCCCCCGACUUAUCCUGUAGAUGGUGCAGCGACCUCAUGGCGAUCUUCAUCCACGAACUACCUCACAGCAGAGUGACGGAUCUGAAGCAGAAAGCUCAGGGACGCAGUUGAAAACGCUUUUUUGGUCCGAGUUUGAUUCAUGAUAAAUACGUGGAAUAUUACUGAGAUGAUCAGUCGGUUUUCCUGUUGACGUGAAGAGCAGUAAAAAAAAAAAAAAAACAACUUCAAAAGAACGAGUUAUUUAGUUACAUAAGAACAAUAUUAAUGUAACAUAGUUAACUUAACUAUUUGCUCUUUACACAAAAUACCUCGUUCUUUUUCAGAUGUUUUAGCAAUAAAAAGGAUUUGAAGUGAGUUUUCUGCCUUUAAUUCUUUGAAGAAAUGUUUGAAAGGCUCAAAAGCAGCCAUUUGUUAAAAAAAAUAGUAAAUAUGUAGAUAUAUUACUUCAAUUAACAAAAUUUGAAAACCUUAUAAAAAAUUUUUUAAAUCGUCAGAUUAAUCAGUAAUCAGAUUUUUUUCCCCCCGAUAAAAAUCGGUAUCGGCAUUGGCCCCAAAAAAUCCAUAUCGGUCGGGCCCUAGUUUUUAUUUUAGAUUCUUCAUAAUUUCUUUUUUUUAACUUAAAUUUUAUUUGCAUUUUUAAACAUAACAGAAACAAGACAAACUGUCAUUCAGAGAAAAGUAUAAAUAAAUACAAACGAACACAAAACAUGGAGUCAUUCACAGAGACGAAAAGAAAAUUGUCCAUGUAGCCUCCAUCAAAGUUGUCCAUUUUUUAAAGUAUUGUGAAUAGAUUUAUAUUUGAUCCAUUUUUCCCACUUUCAGGUGUUCCUCCACCAUGUCCAGCCAGUUUUUUUCUGAUUGGGUGGAUUCUCCUUACAUUAAAUCCUCGUGCUGGCUUUCUUUAAUGCUGCAAGUCUUUAUACUUGGAGUGGUGAAGAAUCUGAUGGUGUUUUUCCAGCAGAAUUCCCUCCAGUGUCUAGAAUUAGAAGUCUUCAUCUGAGUCCUGCACAGAUUAUACCAUUUUUUUUCAGUUAUUUCCCUCAUUCUUCAUAAUUUCUUUAACUCGGGUGCUGGUUUAUCGGAGUAAAUCCACCUCCCAGCAGUAUCUUUAGUCUGGUAGACGGGGUGUUUUUAUGAUUUCCUUGUUUUCUUUUUUGGCCUCCGUUACCACUUGUCUGACCGGAUGAAGUGCCAAGUGCUGUCCCACUGCUUGAAACCUAAAUGGACUGUGAUGGUCCGGCAGCACUCACUCCAGCUGCAUAAUGGGGCAGACUUUGUACUUGUGCACACACACUCAAGGAUGCAAAAACGUAAACACAGCGUUUUUUGCAGAUGCAGACUCACACCCUCUCAGGUGCCUUUUUCAUGGUGGGACUAAUCUCCUUAGACUGUUCAUGCAGGUGUUUGUAAAUUUCCCGUCUCGUUCAGUUUCCUGGUAUUUUAUCUCUGCUUCUGUCCCCGAUUGUCCUCUUCUUAUUUUUCUCUCGUCUCCUGACUGACGGCUUCAAUCCAAUCAGCUAAUUGCUCGUUCUGAUCUAACCGGGAACAUGAUCUGUUGGCAGCAUUCGCAUAAAUAACUGAUUUUGGAAGCCUCGUCUCAAUCCAAGCAUCGCCGCUCUUCUUCUACUGUAUAUAAUUUCUGUGAUAACGCAUUAGUACCACCCGUGGAUUUCAACAAAAAGAGGCCCGCAUUCAUGAGCAUCGGGACAGAAAUGAAGAAUUGCUGGCUAUAUCUUUCAUAUUGAGACGAGUCUGUGAAGGCAGCUCUGUCACUCAUCGUGACAGAUAUUGUUUUCUUUUGUUUGCAUUGUGAAUUGAGCAUUGAAAACCAGAAUAGAAGCAGAGGAGGACUCUGCUUGUUUGGAGACGAGACUGAGAGGUUAUCAUCAGAGUCUCAGAAAGCAGGAAAAGCUACAUGAAAUUAAACCCAGCCUGGUCAUACAAAGACCGCCGAUAUGAACUCGCUGCAGGUACGAGCUGUUAAUCUCUCCAACUCUGCUCUCCGCUCUUCAAGCUAGAUGGACAACCAUCCGACCAGCGACGUCUGUUUGCAUAUCAUCAGGAGAGGUCACACUGCACAACCUUUGAUGCUGUUUUUAGGCCACUCAGUGCACUCAUGCAUAUGUUUCCCUCUGGCACUUAGAUAUAUGAGAAAAGGAGACUUCUCUGGAACAUUUUAAAAGUCUUUUUUUUUUGUCUGAAUAGAACAUUUUCACUUUUCAGUCAAAAAAAAAAAAAGUUUGAGACUGUUGGGAAAGUUACCGCCACACCCCAAACACAAACGAUGUGUGUUUGGAUGCAGAGGUGCAGUAAAAAUUGACGGUCUUUCCCUUUAAAUGCUGUAUGUAUUGAAUUGAACCAUGCUGCCUGCAUACGGUAAGAAAAGACUUGUCAUAGGGGAGCUGGAGCGACACAUUACAACAAAAAGUUGCUCUGCUCUCCUUCCGUUCAGUCUCCGUCCCCCGGUUCACCUUGUUCCUCACGCUGUUACUCUCCCCCUCUUACAAAACUGCGGUUCUUCGCUCAAACUUUGUGCGUGCGUGACAGAGGGAUUUGGUCGGAGAGACAGAGAGCAUGCAUAAUUUAGACCGCUCGUGGGGAGCUGGACCAGAAUUCACAAGGAUCCCCCUCCCUCAGCUGCCUCGUCCUUGCGGCUGUCUGCUUUGAAAAGCAGUUUUACUGGGUCUUUUCCAUCCGGGCCCCUCACUUUGGAAAGACCUCCCAGGGAAGAUCAGAUGUGCAGAAACAGUCACUGCUUUUAAAUCACGUCUUAAAACUCAUUUUUAAAGACUUGCUUUUAUGUGAUUUUUGUCUUUUUUAAAACCUUUUACGCUUCUUAUACGCGGUACAACAUAUACCGCUAAUUUAAUUUCACAAAAACAAAACAGAAGUGCUAACAGAUAAUAUGUUACAUGAGCUUUUACUGUUACUCUUUACUGUUGAUGCACUGCGCUGCCAUCUUGGAUUAUGACGUUGUCGUCAAGUUGGGGUUGGUGAGGAUUGUCCAACUUUCCGAGUAGGAAAUCCUACUUGAGGUGGGCGUUCCAGUUGAGUUUCUGACUCGUAGCAUAUGACCAUGCCGUCAGCUUCUGUGUGUAACAAUAUAUGAAGAAUAUGUUUUGUAUAGAAAUCAAUAGAAGAAAUAAAUGUGGGUGAAAGAGAGGAAGAAGGGAGGUUGAAGGAUUGUUGAUUAAUGACUCGUUUUCUUCUGUUCUUGUCUCCUCAGGACCCAGAUUAACUUCACUGUAGCCAUUGAUUUCACAGCCUCAAAUGGUGAGAUUUUUACCAAAGUUCACACACACACACACACACACACACACACUUUUAAUGGGCACGUUUUCCAAAUCCCCGGAGAGCAGUCAUUGAAAUAAAUGAAAAUGGUGAAUCAAGAGUUCGCUAAUAACCCUCUCUAAACACCUGGUGGCUGAUGCCGAGUGUGCCAACGUGCCAUGAUGGCCCAGUUUGAGGACUGCGUUAACCACCUACCCGUAGAUCUGCUCCCCAAAGUCUAUCCGAUCUCAUCAAGAACGAUGUCAAUGGAGUCGAUUAAGAAAGCAGCUUGAAUAAACGCCAUAAUCAGGGGUACGAAGCAAGUCUGUUGGUGAAUCAAGAACCGUCCUUUGUGUGUCCCCUUUGUCACGAACAGGUAACCCCGCCCAGCCCACCUCACUCCACUACAUGAGCCCCUACCAGCUGAAUGCCUACGCCAUGGCGCUGAAGGCUGUCGGAGAAAUCAUCCAGGACUACGACAGCGAUAAGAUGUUCCCAGCACUCGGGUUCGGAGCCAAGCUGCCUCCUGAUGGGCGGAUCUCCCAUGAGUUUGCUUUGGUUAGAUUGAGAUUUUGGAGUUUUCAUCACAGGCUUAUUGAUUAAUUUGUGUCUCCUUGUCAAAGUUUCAACUCGAUUUUACUUUUUUUCCUCCUCUUCACAGAACGGGAACCCUCAGAAUCCUUAUUGUACAGGAAUCGAUGGAGUGAUGGAGGCCUACUACCAGAGUCUGAAGUCCGUUCAGCUCUACGGACCCACUAACUUCUCCCCUGUCAUUAACCACGUGGCCAGGUAGAAAAAUUAAUAAAUAAAAGACUUAAACAGUUUUCAUUUUUUUGUGAAAUUGUUCGUUUUUUUACAGUUUGACUGAUUUUCCUGAUUUCUUGUGUUGAGGUUGAAUUACAGCCUCGUUGCUAUUAAUGGUUUAUGUGUUUACCACAUCAUUCGAGACAUCUUGCAGGUACACUGAGUACAUAUCCCUCUGUGGCUGACACUUAAGUAUAUGUUCUUAGGUUGUCUGUAAUUAGCUCCGCACGGCGAGUACUGCCAGGUCGCUCACAAGAGUUUGAAAAAGAGGCAGAAGACAAACAUAGAAAGUCCCUGACAGCUGACUUCAUGUUUGACUGUGUCUCUGUGUGGGUGAGGCAGGAAAGACGCUCAUACUCAAGAUUGAGACAAAGUGUUGAAAUAAAGAUGACAGAAACAAACAGAGUGAUUUUCUAAUUACAGAUACAUGUUUUUUUUCUUCUAUUCCUGUGUUUUUUUGCGCAGGUAUGCCGCCUCCGUGAAGGAUGGCUCCCAGUAUUUCGUUCUUCUCAUCAUCACCGAUGGUGUCAUCUCAGACAUGGCCCAAGCCAAGGAGUCCAUCGUCAAUGUAAGGGCGUCUACUCACCUCCACAAACAGAACAAGGGUUUCUUUUUUAUCCUCUAACGCUGACAAGCUGCAAACAUUCAGACAGUAAUGGGUUGAGAGAGGUCUUACUUUGUGAAUUUGUUGGCAUGCUGGUGUCAGUAUGAGAUCAAGUCUUGGCUGAGUACCACCAUCCAGCAGGUCUGAGUCUGCACCAGAACCAAAAGGAACCGGCCAAUCACUUUGCGCCUCAUUCAAAAGAAAUCUCAGAUGACUCCAAACCAAAAUGUUUUUGCUAUUGUUGCCCUCCGAUGAAAACCACGUAUCUCCACUUUUUUUCAAUGAAUGGAUUGUCCAUAACCUUCCCUAACAACUGUUAGCUUUAGGUAUCCAAAUGACCAAAAUCAUCUUUUCAACACUUAAGGUGUCAGAAGUGUCAAUCAAAGCACGUCUCUCCAGUCUGUGAAUUUUUUUUUUUUGUAGAAUGGUAGAGGAAGGUCCCACCCUCCUUGGCCUCUGAUUAGCUGAAAGUGCUGGGCUCCGAUUGGUUCUUAAUAAUGGCUGUGAAACAUCAUCUUAUGUUGGUUUAGAGUUAGGGUUAGGGUUAGGAGAUUCAGAGUUGCAUUAAUGUUGUGUAAUGUUCUGAGCGUGUGAUGACGUUUCCAGCUUCUAAGCCAAUCAGAGGCGAAGGAGGCGGGACUUUCCCCUACCAUCCGACAAAAAAAAAAAAUUACCACCCGCCCCUGGAUCUAAACUGUCAUGUCUGCAAACAGACUUUAUACCGUGAAAGACUUAUUACAGGUUAAAUUCUGCAAUAAAUCUGCAUUCCGGUUACCUCAGAAGUUUGAUGUCGGAGCCAGUGGCGGUUCUAGACCAAAUUACUCCCCGGGCGAGCACCCCUCCCAGUGCCCCCCCCCCCCCACACACACACACACACACACACACACACACACACAAACAAACAAACAAACAAACACAAAAAGAGAUAGAAUUUUGAACAGAUAGUUUUGUAUUAUUAUCUAGUAUUAUUAUGAUUAGAACAACAAAAAUAAAAUAUUUCUCAAUUGCAGAAAUCCUUCAAUAGAAAAAAACACAAUCCUGAGGGCCAUUUUGAGAAGGUCUCCCAGAUCCUGAGGUUUUCUGACGUGUUAAGGUUUACAAAAAAGCUGUUAUCUCGGCCUCUGUAGUAGAUAGAAACAAAAUUCAAAAAGUAUUUGAGAGCUUAUACAUGUGGCUUUCAAGAAAGCUCUCUUUUAGUUUUGCAGACCUUCAUCACAUUUUUUAAACCUUGAACAAACAAACUUAAAUGAAAUAAAGCGGCUGCAUAAAUAAAAGUAAAGGCUCUGCACUGGAGAAUGACAAAUAAUUUGUUUUCUGUAAAACAAGUGUCAGUCAUGAUAAAGUGUCCAUUCAAUACAAAUGUAAAUAUAGAAAAUAAGGUGUUGAAAGGGUAUACAGCUGCCCCAGUAUACUGCCAGUACAAAAGCAGAACUAAAAACUAAAAAAUGAAUAAAUAAAUACGUGGCUGACAGUGUGUUCAUCUCUGUUCUCACCCAAAGUCGUGCAACACUCAGAGAAAACGCUGAUAGUGUGAGCCAAAGCACUCCAUAUGAAGAGGUUGUUCACACUGCUGGAUGUUUCUCCUCUGAAGCUGCUCUCUGCCUCAGUCAUUGUUUACUUUACUCAUGAAGCUCAUCAAGCACGUAGCAAGAUCCGAGCAUGAACCCGAGCGCUUUAUUCGCCUAUCGAAGGCAGACGGGUACGGUGAUUUGAUUCACCACGACUCUAGAAAUGAUUAAAAAACUACAAAAUGACGUCUCCGCGCUCCUGGCAGAGUAGAAAUGCGCAGCCGCGCUCCCGCUGAUACGCUGACAUGCGUACACAGAGCAGAGCUGUCCCCCCGCGACCCUCUCCCCGCCUCGUCUCACACAGUCUGUCAGCCUCUAUGCAGCACCUUCGGAGCAAGCAGGGGCGCUUACAGCAGCGGGGGGCGCCAAUUUGACAACAAGAGUUAAUACAAAACCGCUUUGCGGUUAAGAUUUAUCAUUGUUAUCUUUUAUUUUAUUUUUUUGGAAGUGCUCGUGCCGCCCCCCAUGAGUCAUGACACAAAUGCCGCCCCGGGCGGCUGCCCUGUUCGCCCGUGCCUAGAACCGCUACUGGUCGGAGCUGUCAGCUGUUGUUAGCUGUUGUCAGCUGUUGUUAGUUGUUGUUAGCUAUAUCAAGUGCAAACAAAGCACAACACAGUAUUUUACUCUUACAAAGGGGUGCUACUGCUACUUCAGGGGUGCGUUCCAGAUGAAUUUCCGACUCAGAGCUCAGAAAUCCCGACCUCCGAGUACAACUGGAACGCAGCAUGAGGUCUUGACAUGACGGUGUUGUUUACCUGUUAGAUCGCAUCACUUAGUUGUAUUUUUCGAUUUCUCCGCUGGCAUUAAAAUAAAAUCAGAGCCGGAGUUUUAUUGACAACCAAUGAAGAGAGUAGAAUAAGAAUUUUGUGUGGCGACUAUCUUUAAUGGCUUAGUCGCCGAGAGGCUGAGUAGGGAAAACAAUACCUCGCCCGACACGCUGGCUGUAGAAGCUUCAGUGAAUGGCUGUUGCUCCUUUUGAGGUUUAUUGAUGAAAAGAGACGAAGCACUUACAUGGAGAAAGGUAGUCAUUCAAUAUGAGCUGACUUCACUACUACUAGUGCUGACGUACAUGACUCUCAUCCCCAUAUGUAACCGCACAAUAAACAAAAAACUGUAGAGGCUAUGGCUGCCACGAAGAACUGGCACCUACACAUUUUUCAGCUGCUUUUCAGUAGACCUGCACCGUCUUUUGUUUCAGCACCGCGAACAGAGCUCUAUCUAUUAUCCACGCACACCGGCGAAACUGUAGAGAACCACUGUGCUAUGUGGAAUGAAGAAUAACCUGCUAUCAAUAGUUUACUAACGCAGUGGGACAUAAACAGGAUAUAUAAGACACGUAAAUAACCAAACGUCAUUGGAGCGCGUUAUUAAAAGAAACACACAAAUGUCCACUAUCACUCAGAACACAAAGCACAUAAGUCUGUUUACAAUACUAAAUGAGUCACUGAGGAAUAUGAUAUAUAUGUUAUAUAUAAAUAUAGAUUUAAAUUUCAGGUCCUAGUUAAGACUUUGAGAUUAAAGUCAUUACUAAUGAAAUUUAAAGUCAUAGGAAAAUCGUUACUUACAAGAAUAAAGUUGUGAUAAAAUCAUUAUUUAUGAGAAGAAAGUCGUAAAGUAAAUGAAGUCUUAAAGCUGCUUUUGUGGAGGAGCUUUGAGCUUCGACGAGAACCGCGUCUAUCUCUGAUGCCGGCACAACACCGGCAGCAACCUACACCUGCAGAGGCACCAACACCUUAUGGCAUAUAGAUUCAUACAAUAAACUAAAGCCAUAUGCUGUUGCUAUAAACGGCUGCAUUGAGAGAUUUAGCCUCUGCACAGCCAUUUCCAGCAAUUUCCCCCUCCUCAAAAACAGCGAUUCCCCACAAGUCUGUCUGGUUCUUUCUGCGGAAGAGAUGCAUUUCUUGCAUAUGUCCUGAUACUUGUGUGACAAUGUGACGCUGAAACGCCAAAGAGUUUAGUAUCUCCUUGUUUGUGAAACCAAACUACUGAAGUUCAAUUCAUCUAAAUGCUCCACAGCGCUCAUUCAAACGACAAACAGCAGGUUAGAAUAGCUAUUAGCUACAAAUUUAUUCUCGUAUAUAAUUAUUUUAUUACGACUUUAUUCUUGUAAGUAAUUACAAAGUCUAAAUUUUUUUUUCUUAAUGUGGCUCUAAUUUUCCGUCAUAGUUUUGGGUUUAUUUUUCCAUGCUACUACAAAAAAAAAAAAAAACGAAUUUUGGAGAAACGCUUUUCAACCAACAGCGAUGAUCCCUUAUGUUUUGUUGCAUCUGUAUUAUUAUCAUGCGUAUUGUGAAAAAUGUUGGUGUCAUUGAGGAUAGGAGUGUUUGGGAAGCUUACAUCUCUGUUUCUUUUAGCAUUUGCUGCACAGCCUUUACUCUUGACAGCAUGUUACUCACCCUGCAUCCAUCCUCCUCCCUCUGUCACUGUCAGCUCUCUGUGCGCUCCUCUGGGGAGGCCUGAGCGCGCUGAAUGCUAAAAACCAACAGUGAGUGGCAGCCGUUUUGGAGAAGUCAGUGAUCUACCUCACUGUGUUUUAUUGACUCUCUUUUAUCCUGAUUCAAAGUUAAUGAAAGAGGAUGGAAAAGGAGGAAAAGGAGCUUAAUGUGGCUGUACCCCCUAUAGAAGCAGAACUAAGACCUGGUCCAGGCCCGAACCGGCUCUAACAAUGACAAACAGAACAAAACACAUGCUGUUCGUAAGCUGUAAAUGAGCUGAGGCCAAUUUGUGGAUUCUCUGUUCAGCCCACACAGCACCACAGGAGGGGCCGCACUAAACGCACACAUCAAAGACUGUCACCCAUAUUUACACAUUUUGUUUAUAGCACCAAUCAUAUAUGGUGACAUAUGCACAUGUUAACAUGCAGUCCACAUUUUUCCCAUUAACACCUUGUGUGGGUGGACGACAUGAAAACCAUUUCAUCAACAGGAAAGCUUCAGAGCCAAACAUGAGUUAUUUAUUGAAUCCUCUCCUCUCCUGCAGGCCGCCUGUCUGCCCAUGUCCAUCAUCAUCGUCGGGGUCGGGCCGGCAGAAUUCGACGGUAAGACGACAAAGCAAAGUAUCAAGAAGUCUGGGUUUGAUUUAGAACUGGUGGAUUUGCAUUUUUACUUGAGUCAGAUUGCAGCUAACCUUAUUUUGUGUCCGUUCCCUUCAGCCAUGGUCGAGUUAGACGGCGAUGAAGUCCGGAUCUCAUCCAGAGGGAGGUUUGCUGAAAGAGACAUCGUUCAGGUACGAGUUUAAAACUGCUGCUGCUGUUCUUUAACAUAAUGCAUCUACGGUUAAAUGGUUCUGUCCAAACAACUGACCCACAGACAUCUUAACCCAUAGCAAGAUAGCGUCAAACACUAUCACACCAAUAGAUAAUGGUAUCCGUGAGUAGGGCUGGGCGAUAUGGCAUCAAAUCAGUAUCACAAAAUAUUGAGCAGUUCACCUCGAUAACGAUAAAUGGACGAUAACUACUCCACAAGCUGCUCACCCCCUCCCACAUUAACUUCAUCUAUUUCAGCCAUUACAACUUUUGAACCAUCCGCCGUCUCCUCACCGGAUUUUCUCUCUUUGUUACGGACUGGGUGGGGCGAAGUCACGUCUUUGACAGCAUCUUAAAGGGACAUGAGACCAUAGCCAACCUACACACAUCCAAACCCAACUUUAUUUGUUAAUCAACUUAUUUAUUUUUACACAAAUAUAUUGACAGGGGCAAAAUGACGUUGGUUAUUGUUGUAAAUUCUGGUAUCUGUAAAUUUUCAAUUUAUCGCCCAGCCCUAUAAUCAAGUGAGGAGCCUUAUACUCUCAUAUCAGCAGCUUGCACAGUCAGUCAAACAGGAGCUGCAAAAAUCCUUUUACUUUUCUUGUUUGGUAGAUUUUCCUAUGAAACUUUUAAAUAUGAUCAAUCAGUGAGUCUUUUACUGACUGGAAACAGACUCUGACACAAAACACUUGUUGAAACAUUCAGAACUUAUAUAAUAUUCUUCUGGAUGAGUCCACGACUUUAUUACUGUUUUCUUUAUUUGAAAAAAAGUAGAGUAUGCAUGGCAUUAAGAGAAAAAACCUCCAAAAACUCAGUGAGAGCUGUGGGUUUUUUUUAAAUGUUUUUAUCCCACAUGACCUUUCAGUGCCCCCCGUACUCUGUAAGGAAACGGAGACCCUGCUGUUCUCUGGAUUUAACGAGCUGCAAGCCGCACAAGUUCAGGCUCUCAUUAUGAGCGAGCUUACAGUCAGAGAAACACGGCGGAGUUAACAUUGAGAAUUUUGUGGCAAGAAUCUGUGAUUUUAGAUGAAAACAGCUCAAAACAGCUUGUAUUUGUGUCCUCUCUUAAUCAGUCAUGUGCAACAAACUUUGAAAAUAUAGAAUCAUAGCGUUUUAUCACAGUUUUGGGAUGCACCACGAACAAACAGCAGUCUGUGACCAGGCUGACCAGAUUGACUCUCAAAUCUGGCAUCAUCCAUUAUUCAUCUACUGUAGGUCUGCUGUUGUGGUAAUAAAGUGGCAGAUUCUCCUUAAAAUAGCCCUAAUUGUCGGUCAGCAUCUGUUUAUGUGGACAUGAAUCUGUGUUUUGGCUCUUCAAGGGAUAUUCUGGUGUAAAAUUAAUUUAGGGUCAAACACACCGUAACACCGAGUUAGACUCCCCCUCAAGAGAUGAAUGUUGCCGACCGCUUGCUUCUCUAGUCAUACCAACUUUAGUAAGAACCACAUGACAGCAAUACACUGCAGUCUGAGGAGCUACAUGCAAACCUCAAUAUAGGGUCCCAGCCACAGCACUAGCCACCAAACAUCUUUUUAACUUUCCCUGAUUUCUUUAGCAAAGAGACGAAACACAACUCGCCCACUCUCUUCCAGCAGCCGCUUGUUUGUAGCAAGACCUCAGGCCAGUCUAUUACGGACUACAGUGGGGUGCCGCAGCUCAACAAAGAACAUUUAUGAUUAUUUCUUCAUGGAAAUGCAAUCAGACUGAGACGCUAAGGCAGAAGAAUUACCGCAUCCACAGUGCAAAAUGAUUACUAUGGUGAUUAUUACUUCAAGGAAAUGAUAAAGAAAUGAUCAUAAAUGUUCUUCCUUGAGCUGCGGCACCCCACUGUAGUCCGUAAUAGACUGGCCUAAGGUCUUGCUACAAACAAAUGGCUGCUUGAAGAGAGUAGUUGAGUUGUGUUUGGUCUGCUAUGGCAAUUGUGCUAUGACUGACCCUAUAUGUACUGGUGAUGAAGUUAGGUGCUGUUCUGAGCGUUAUUUGUGGCUAUAGAGUGGUAUUUUUGUUGAGGUUUGUUUAUGGCUCCUUAGACCGCUGUGUAUUGCUAUCAUGCGGUCAUUAGUAAAGUUGAUAUAACUAGAGAAGCAAGCGGUCGGCAACAUUCAUCUCUCAACUGGGUGUCUAACACAGUGUUACGGCGUGUUUGACCCUAAAUUAAUUUUAUGCUGGAAUAUCCCUUUAACUACAUUGUUUCGAUCUUUCCUCAUGUCUUAUUCACUCAUAAGAUCCUAAAUAUAGGCUAUAGUUCCCCGGUUUCCCCCAUCAUCUCUCCUCCUUUUGUAAAAUGUCUUUGGAAAUAAUCAAAUUCCUGUUCGUCUUGUCUCAGUUCGUUCCAUUCAGGGACUACAUCGACCGGACAGGGAACCACAUCCUAAGCAUGGCGCGGCUCGCUAAAGACGUCUUGGCUGAGAUUCCCGAGCAGUUCCUGUCCUACAUGAGGACCCGCGGGAUUAAGCCAUCGCCGGCACCGCCUCCCUACACACCGCCAGGCCAACCUCUGCAAACCCAGAUAUGAGGAUCCAGGUUUCAAAAUCAGGUGUUAGAUGAACUCAACACAUCAAUACUUCCAUUUCCCCAAAGCUGCUCCACAAGCCUUGUCACCGAGGAAUCGGGGCGGUCUUUCUUGUGUUGAGAGGGCCGCAUGUCAGGACAGAGAUUGUCAGGCGGGACUGUGUUUGAGGGCAGUAGAAGCCAAUGAGUCUGUUUACUUCCAAUGUUAAGUAUUCCUCUUACUGCCUGGAGGUUCUGGCCUUCCGAAAAAGGCCUAAUUUUCUCUAUGGAAGGAUUGAAGCUAGGAAAGGAAAGAAGAAAGAGGAAAUGAAGGUUAUCAGUUAGGAAAGGAGUGUAAAAAGAAUGUCUCCAGACCAAGCAAAGGAAUCACUUGCUCUUAAAUAAAUGUGUGUGUGCGUUUGUGUGUGUGUGUAAAUAAGUGAACUUCUCGAACUUCUUCUAUCUCUUUCUCGAUCGUUCUGUAUCUGCAGCUCACUCAUGUUUACAGAUAUUGAAAAGGAUUUUUACUGUUGAUACUUUUUGUAUAUCCACAUAGUUUCAGAUAAGUCUUUUGAUAUUCUCUUAACUCCUCCCCUUUCUCUCUCUUUCUCUCCCUCUCUCCUGGCGAGCGUGUCAGGUAGCAGUGCAGGUCUUGGUAGCCCUUCUGUACCGUACUGUACCGUACCGUACCGUACUCUAUUCUAGUGUUUGUAUUGACCUUUUUUGCAUGAGAGUAGCCUCAGUCAAGUGCAUGCAAAAUAGUGGCCCUGCACUACCUCUACUUCUUCUACCCAUCAGAGUGUGUGUCGUAGCCUGUGGGGGAUGAGCGCAUCUCUGCCUACCUAGAUUUGUUUCUUCACCCUGUCUGUCCACACUGCUUUCAGGCCUGAGGAGAGUCCACUUAUCUGUCUCCUGUCUGCAGCCCCUCCUCGUCACUGUCGCUCUCAUUUCCUCCGCCGCUGAUUGGCUUCAGAAUCAGAUGAGCGACGUCACCGAUGGUAACUACUCAAGGUUAAAUUAAUGUAUUUCAGAGAGGUCAUUUGUUCGAUUAAGUUUGAUGAAAGUCAAAAUUUCCACUUCCAGCAUUUUCUUGUAUUUAUGUAGCAUUUAAUGACCUCUGAAUGAGAGCGUAAUCCCUCUCUCUCUCUCCUCUCUCUUGCACUCCCUACUGCCUUGGCACAAAGACGCCAACAUUCCCAGGGUUUUCAUCUCAUUUUGUGGUUUAAUCACCGCAUCCGUGCAACAUGUGUAACGUGAUAGCAGCUGCUGCUCUCAAACUAAAUCCUGUUUGAGCUUAAGAGCCCAGUGGUCAAAAAUACAGAGAAAAAAAGAACACCUUUGCUUUGUCGUUUCUUUGUCUUAAAACUUUAAUUGUGCGUACUGCACCUUUAGCUCGUUGUAGCUUUUUUGUACUUUAGUUUUUUUCUAAAACUAUUUUUACGUGCCGAUCGUUCAUAAACAGAUGAUUCGUGUGAUUGCCGACCUUGAGUGCAUGUUGCGAUGAUUUAUUUUGAGUCUUAAAAAUGGUGGGUGUGCAUGAACGUCGAGGCAUUUCGUAAAUUUCGUGGGUGUCACAAAUUGCGUUCCAGUAAAAGUUAAAGUAGGCUAUGCAUUGGUCGUACUUUUGGUGCAACAACAUUCUUAAAAAAAGUGUUAAUGACAGCAAACAGCAUUACUUUGAUAGCAUGAAUAUGUUAAAAGUAUAUGUACACAGUAAAUAUGUACACACACAUAUAUUAUUAUUAUUUUACUAAGUGGACCGUGUUUAUGUGAAGCACUUUCUCUAGUCUAGUUAAUCACAUUCAUACUUAUUCAAACACUGGGAUGGUUUUAUAAUGAUGACGUUGUUACUCAAAAUGAUCAUAAUCUUAUAAUAAUAUUACAGUUAUCAUUAUUAGGCCCUUUAACGUAUCAUCUCAGAGUCACUAUGAUGUCUUUGGAGCUACAGACUACAUCGAACGGGACUCUUUCACAUAUGAGAUAGAAGUGGGUGGGUUCUACUGCAGAGCUUUUUACUUUUUUAAGUGAUUUCAUUUCAGAGUAAAAUAUAAGCCGCCAGAAAGUAGAGAAAGUUCAAGAUAGAUGUGCUAUAUAUCUUAUGAGGGGUCUGGCUGCAGACCUCCACUAUUAGGACCCAAGGUGACGCUUUUUUCUCAAGCGCUCCAGUUUGUUUGAAGUGGUCAUCAUCUCUUUGUUGGAGACAAAAUAAAAAACCUCUCCCUCCCUAUCUCUCUGUCUAACAUGAGUCUGGUCCUUCCCGAGGUUUCUACCUGUUAAAAGGAAGUUUUUCCUCACCACUGUCACUCAUGUUAGAUGAGAUGGGUCAAAUUUGUCCCAUCUUAAGGUUGGGUCUUGGUAAUUCAUCAAACAAUGAGCAAGAUCUGGAGCUUCUCUUUUUUUUGGAAAGCGUCUUAAGAUAACUGUUGUGAUUUGGCUCUAUAUAAAUAAAUUUUGAUUUAAUUUAAUUAAUUGAAGACAUGAAUACACAAAAAAUCAUAUUAACAUUAUAUACAUAAAACAAAGCCCCAAGAAAUACAAUAUAUUCAGGCAAGACAAAAAGUAUGUACUUAUCGGUCUAAUCCCUUCACUUUUAAUUUGGAAGGCUUAGAAUCAACUUCCGACAUAAAAAAAGUACUCCAGGUAUAUUUGCUUUUAUUUUGAAAGGCUUCAAAUCAACUUAAGGUCUGCUCAGUAGAGAUGGGUCCUCACAGUGGAGGUCUGCAGUCAGACUGUCUUGCAUAUCUUUGGACUUGUUUUAUCAUUUGCUGCUAGAAUCACGAACCCUGACGCCUCAUAACCCGCUCAAGACCAACAAGUGAUAUAUAGGAUGAUUUACAUACCACUGAAUGUAAAUAUAUUUAAACUGUGAAAAUCUUCGCUUGCUUUGACUUUCUGGUUUCCGGAGUAUAAAUGAAAUAUAAUUUGUGAACUCAAAGUCUUUUGAAUUGACUUCUGGUGGCUAAAUGAAGAAAAAUUCAUCCCAGUUGAAUUCAGGUGGAUGAUUUUUAAUGAUCUGAUGUUAAAUCAGUGGUGUUUAAUUUAUAUAAUUGUCCCACCUGUAUUCAGAUUUAUCUUUUUUUCUUCUGGCGGCUUCAUACGUACAUUUUUAUUCCUCCUUUUUCCUGUCUUUAUUUAGACGAUCUCUGCAGAGCCCUACAAAGCCUGUCCGGAGAAAGUGUGUCUGUGUGUUUCCUGACUGUGUGCGUCUUUAAUACUGCAGAAACUAACCUGUGUGGAAGUGUGUGUGAGUGAGUGUGAGUGAGUGGCAGCUUUAUACGAGUGUUUUCAUAAAACAGAUGACGUGUUCAGACACAUAAAUCUUUGUUUACUAAAGCUAUCCAAAUAAUAAAACUGUUUGCUUGUCAUAUUUUCCUCAACAGCGUGCACUACGUUUGCAUGUACAGUUUUACGGAGGACACAUCAGUUCCUUUUGGAGUGUUUUGAAAUAAAUCUGUAUGAAAAAUGUACAAACGGCCUUAAAACUUUCACUAAUAUUCUUGUAAUCGUGCGAUGCCUUCUUGAGAUAAAUAAGUUGUUUAAAGGAAUUACUUGUUAUCUAUUUUGUGCCAGUGUUUUUAUUGCUUUCUAGUGUGUUUUUUUUGCACAUGUUCGAUUAUUGAAAAUGAAUAAUCUUGUAUUUUUUGAAACUGUGUUUAAUCAGAGAAAGCAUGGGUAAAGUAUUGAUUGUCUGAUAAUAAAUAUGAUAGAUGACUAUUUCUGUACUGAACUAUGAAUUUUCAAAUAAAUAUUCAUACUAAAUACAAUA